GUGCAAAGGACUCACGCUGUUCGUUGUAAGGGUCUCCCGGUAUUCACCUUGCUAUUUACCAACACAUCGCUGGGGACGCUGGCAGAGAUCUCACGGUGCCGCCAUGCCUCUGAUGCAGUCCCCGAGUAGACCCUCCUCUAGCAUCCCUUGCGCCUGCGCACUGAGAGGCCGAGGAGCAGGAGCCAAGGGGAGCACCUAGCAGGGGAAUCCUGUCAUAUAGCAGCGCCGAGUAUGACUCACUUGAGGCACCCUUGGAAGGUUAGCACCGAGCAGGCUGUGGACUAGCCUCCAGGAUCUGCCUUAGCUCUGCAGCUGUGUAUGAGUCCUUGUCUGUCACCGUACAGAGGGAGAGUCCUGCUGGAGGUCUGCCCAGCACACGGGUAUCUUCGGCUCUGCACAGGGGGGUUCAGCAGCUGGGAGAUCCUCUGCAGCGCAUUGCACAAGGAAGGCAGCAGCACUCAGAGCUCCUGCAAAGCACUGCUCAGGGAAUCCCCCGGCACCACAAAGAGCCUCUACAGCGCACUGCACACGGGAUGCGGCACCACUGAGCUGCAGAGCACUGUGCAGGAUCCUUAGCUGCAGAGCACAGGAGGGAGCAUUCACGAAGGCUAAAAGGUUGCAGAGCACAGUGCAGGAGACUCGGCAAAACAACUAGCGGAUGCAACGCACUGUCCUGUGGAUUCAGCACUCCAGGUAGCUCAUGCAGCACGGUUUCAGCACUCAGGAUAGUUACUGCAGCGCACUAGCCCGGGAAGCCCCAGCAGCGCCCUGUCUCAGCUAUUCAGCACCCCGGAUAGCUCCUGCAGCGCACUGUCCCAGCUAUUCAGCACUCCGGAUAGCUCCUGCAGCGCACUGAGCAAGGACUGGACACUAGGAGGACAUGAGAUUAUGAGCGCAGGAUGAUGGCCCCUCUCUUCAUGCAGCUCUGUCUGCUUGGGCUACUGAGAAGUAAGUACUGUGUAGGCAUGGUUGGGCCUGCUCUUCCCUUCCUCAUCAGCAUUUCCAGGGCCCACUCUCCCGAAAUGAUAAUACAAGCCCUACGACCUGUCUUACCUGUGCACUUCACAACCAAUGCUUUACAUUAAAAAUACAAGGGGCAAUUUAAAAGAGCUCUCUGCACAGUGUAUAUAAUAUAUACAGCAUGCAUUCUGUGUUCUACAGUACUAUCUGCCCAGUGUUGGGAGGAAUAUCCUGUACUGUGCCGGCUUACAUAGCUGUAACAUAUGGGGAACUGCUAUCAGGCACUGUGUGCUAGUGUCAAAUAUAUAUGUAUAAGUAUAAAAUGUUUACAUACUAUGUGCUGGGUCACAUGCUGGCUGCCUAUACAUGACCCACUAUACCUGGGUCACGUUAUAUUUGUACGUAAAGUGAUAUUCUGUAUACACUAUGUACUUGGGUCACAUUUUAUUUAGAAGGAAUAGGAAAAUCCUGUAUAGAUGGCGUUUGAUGAGGUUUCAUUUUAUCUGUAAGGUGCAGGGAUACCCUGUAUAUACACCAUGUGGGGUCACAUUAAAUCUGUAAGGUUUAGGUACAUUCUAUAUGCACACUGUUCUGGGGUUUCAUUAUAUCUGUUAGGUGUAGGUCUAUUUUAUAUCCGCACUGUGUGCUGAUGUCAUAUAUCUGUUAAGUGUAAGGAUUCUCUGUAUACACGGCCACGCUGUGUGCUGGGGUCACAUUAUAAUUCUAAGUUAUUGGGAUACUUUGUAUACACACUUUAUGCUGGGAUCACAUUAAAUCUCCAAGGCGGGGUAGAGAACCUUAGGCACUCCAGACCUUGGGACUACAUCUCCCCUAAUGCUUUGCCAGCUAUACUGUAUACACAGUGUGUGCUUAGGUUCACACUAUACCUUUAAAGUGUAAGGACAUUAUAUAUACACCCUGUGCUACUUUACAUUAUAUCUGUAAAGUGCAGGGACAUUCUAUAUACACACUGUGUGCUAGGUUCACAUUAUAUCUGUAAAGUGUAAGGAUAUUCUAUAUAUCUGCGGUUUGCUAGGGUUACAUUAUAUCUGUAGCAUAUAAGGAUAUUAUGUUUACACACUGUGUGCUGGGGUCACUCUAUAUCUGUAAGGUAUAGGAAUACUCUGUAUAUAAACUUUGUGCUUGGGCCACAUUUUAUCUGUACAGUGUACUGAUAUGCUAUAUGCACGCUGUUUGGUGGGGGUCACGUUUUAUCUGUAACAUCAAGGGAUAUUCUGUAUACAAAUGUGUUACUUUAUAUGUAGUAGGUGUAGAUAUAUCCUUUAUACAUACUAUUUGCUGGGGUUUUAUUAUAUUUUUUUAAAUGCAGGGAUAUCGAACAUACACAUUAUGUGCUGGGGUUACAUUUUAUCUGGAAUGUUUAGAAACAUCCAGUAUACAUGCUGUGUGCAGGCUCACAGUAUAUCUGAAAGGUAUAGGGAUACUUUGGUUAUAUCUGUAAGGUAUAGGGAUACUCUGUAUACAUGCUGUGUAAUGGGGUCACAUUAUAUCUGUAAGGUAUAGGGAUACUCUGUGUGCAGGAUCACAGUAUAUCUGUAAGGUAUAGGGAUACUCUAUAUACAUGCAGUGUGCUGGGGUCACAGUAUAUCUGUAGGUAUAGGGAUACUCUGUGUGCAGGAUCACAGUAUAUCUGUAAGGUAUAGGGAUACUCUAUAUACAUGCAGUGUGCUGGGGUCACCGUAUAUCUGUAAGGUAUAGGGACACUCUGUAUACACGCUGUGUGCUGGGGUCACCGUAUAUCUGUAAGGUAUAGGGAAACUCUGAAUACAUGCUGUGUGCUGGGUCACAGUAUAUCUGUAAGGUAUAGGGAUACUCUGUAUAUAUAUAUAUACUAGUGUGCUGGGGUCACAUUAUAUCUGUAAGGUAUAGGGAUACUCUAUAUGCAUGCUGUGUGCUGGGGUUACAGUAUAUCUGUAAGGUAUAGGGAUACUCUGUAUAUAUAUAUAUAUAUAUAUACUAGUGUGCUGGGGUCACAUUAUGUCUGUAAGGUAUAGGGAUACUCUAUAUGCAUGCUGUGUGCUGGGGUUACAGUAUAUCUGUAAGGUAUAGGGAUACUCUGUAUACAUGCUGUGUGCUGGGGUCACAUUAUGUCUGUAAGGUAUAGGGAUACUCUGUGUACAUGCUAUGUGCUGGGGUCACAGUAUAUCUGUACGGUAUAGGGAUACUCUAUAUAUAUAUAUAUAUAUAUAUAUAUAUAUAUGUGCUGGGUCACAGUAUAUCUGUAAGGUAUAGGGAUACUCUUUAUACAUGCUGUGUGCUGGGGUCACAUUAUGUCUGUAAGGUAUAGGGAUACUCUAUAUGCAUGCUGUGUGCUGGGGUUACAGUAUAUCUGUAAGGUAUAGGGAUACUCUGUAUAUAUAUAUAUAUAUAUAUAUACUAGUGUGCUGGGGUCACAUUAUGUCUGUAAGGUAUAGGGAUACUCUAUAUGCAUGCUGUGUGCUGGGGUUACAGUAUAUCUGUAAGGUAUAGGGAUACUCUGUAUACAUGCUGUGUGCUGGGGUCACAUUAUGUCUGUAAGGUAUAGGGAUACUCUGUGUACAUGCUAUGUGCUGGGGUCACAGUAUAUCUGUACGGUAUAGGGAUACUCUAUAUAUAUAUAUAUAUAUAUAUAUAUAUAUAUGUGCUGGGUCACAGUAUAUCUGUAAGGUAUAGGGAUACUCUUUAUACAUGCUGUGUGCUGGGGUCACAUUAUGUCUGUAAGGUAUAGGGAUACUCUGUAUGCAUGCUGUGUGCAGGAUCACAGUAUAUCUGUAAGGUAUAGGGAUACUCUGUAUACAUGCUGUGUGCUGGGUCACAGUAUAUCUCUAAGGUAUAGGGAUACUCUGUAUACAUGCUGUGUGCUGGGGUCACAUUAUGUCUGUAAGGUAUAGGGAUACUCUAUAUGCAUGCUGUGUGCUGGCUCACAGUAUAUCUGUAAGGUAUAGGGAUACUCUGUGUACAUGCUGUGUGCUGGGUCACAGUAUAUCUGUAAGGUAUAGGGAUACUCUGUAUACAUGCUGUGUGCUGGGGUCACAUUAUGUCUGUAAGGUAUAGGGAUACUCUAUAUGCAUGCUGUGUGCUGGAUCACAGUAUAUCUGUAAGGUAUAGGGAUACUCGGUAUACACGCUGUGUGCUGGGUCACAGUAUAUCUGUAAGGUAUAGGGAUACUCUAUAUGCAUGCUGUGUGCUGGAUCACAGUAUAUCUGUAAGGUAUAGGGAUACUCUGUAUGCAUGCUGUGUGCAGGAUCACAGUAUAUCUGUAAGGUAUAGGGAUACUCGGUAUACAUGCUGUGUGCUGGGUCACAGUAUAUCUGUAAGGUAUAGGGAUACUCUAUAUGCAUGCUGUGUGCUGGAUCACAGUAUAUCUGUAAGGUAUAGGGAUACUCUGUAUGCAUGCUGUGUGCAGGAUCACAGUAUAUCUGUAAGGUAUAGGGAUACUCAGUAUACAUGCUGUGUGCUGGGUCACAGUAUAUCUGUAAGGUAUAGGGAUACUCUAUAUGCAUGCUGUGUGCUGGGUUACAGUAUAUCUGUAAGGUAUAGGGAUACUCUGUAUACAUUCUGUGUGCUGGGGUCACAUUAUGUCUGUAAGGUAUAGGGAUACUCUGUAUGCAUGCUGUGUGCAGGAUCACAGUAUAUCUGUAAGGUAUAGGGAUACUCUGUAUACAUGCUGUGUGCUGGGUCACAGUAUAUCUGUAAGGUAUAGGGAUACUCUGUGUACAUGCUGUGUGCUGGGUCACAGUAUAUCUGUAAGGUAUAGGGAUACUCAGUAUACAUGCUGUGUGCAGGAUCACAGUAUAUCUGUAAGGUAUAGGGAUACUCAGUAUACAUGCUGUGUGCAGGAUCACAGUAUAUCUGUAAGGUAUAGGGAUACUCUAUAUGCAUGCUGUGUGCUGGGUCACAGUAUAUCUGUAAGGUAUAGGAAUACUCUGUAUACAUGCUGUGUGCUGGGGUCACAUUAUGUCUGUAAGGUAUAGGGAUACUCUAUAUGCAUGCUGUGUGCUGGGGUUACAGUAUAUCUGUAAGGUAUAGGGAUACUCAGUAUACAUGCUGUGUGCUGGGUCACAGUAUAUCUGUAAGGUAUAGGGAUACUCUAUAUGCAUGCUGUGUGCUGGGGUUACAGUAUAUCUGUAAGGUAUAGGGAUACUCUGUAUACAUUCUGUGUGCUGGGGUCACAUUAUGUCUGUAAGGUAUAGGGAUACUCUGUAUGCAUGCUGUGUGCAGGAUCACAGUAUAUCUGUAAGGUAUAGGGAUACUCAGUAUACAUGCUGUGUGCUGGGUCACAGUAUAUCUGUAAGGUAUAGGGAUACUCUAUAUGCAUGCUGUGUGCUGGGUCACAGUAUAUCUGUAAGAUAUAGGGAUACUCUGUGUACAUGGAUCUCGCUUACAACUUACUGGGCUUCAACCAGGGCAGGCCAACUCAUCGAAAGUCGCAAUACUGCUGGAGAUCUAGUGGCCCACAGCAGAAUAAUUUAGUGAGGGGAAAACACAUUGUACAUAAAUGUAUUCAGCAUGGGGAGGAAAUCAGUUAAAGGAUUCAGGGUGAGAGAACAAAUCAAACUGGAAUAUAAAAAGCAACCAAUCCCUUCCAGAGUGCUCUAAGGCCAAAUCUGGGUUUGGGUUCCAUAUGCAGAGCCGAUCAUGAAGACAAGGCAAAUAACAUUCAUGGUUGCAUUCAGUAUCCAAUGGGGGAGGGAAUUUUCUGUCAAGCUGGGGGGAGGAAAACAAGCUGACCCCUAGAGAGAUCUGGAGACAAUAAGUCUAGGAAUGAAAUAAACACACAGGUGACUGGUACAAUGCAACACUGGUAGAGUGGACACUGCAGUACUUGACGCAGGUUUAACCAGAAAAUAUUCUGAACAGCUAUUGAUCUCGCUGGAUUUUCCACUUGUUUAGCAAUUUUGCACAUAGUGCAACUGCAAAUUAGGAUACACAUUGCAAGUUCAGCCUGGAGAAAGCCGCCAGCCAGAACUGCCACCACUCCCAUACAUCCAGUGUGGCCAGUGGCCAGCAAUCUAUGUGCAUGGGUUAGCCCAACAUCCUGGAUUAACCUUUACUGUCUGCUUAGCUGCUCUGGAUCCCUUGACACAGGCUGCCUUCCCCUCCGUUGUUCGUGACAUACUGUCUAUAAACAUAAAAGUAGGCUUGUGGACACUCGAACGGUAACUUUAGUCCAUCACGUGUUCCACAUAACAGCACAAAGACUGGACCUUAACAGACACAAUAAAAGGAGAAAGAGGGUUGUUUUUAUUAAAGGGACACCGUAGGCACUGUAUCUGCUUCAUCUCAUUAAACUGGUUAUAGUGUCUGGAGUCCUCUGGUCCCAUCAUUUCUAUCAGCAUUAAACCGUUUUUAAAGUUUUAAUGUGUUAAUGCUAAACAAGAGUCCCCGGCAAUCCAUUCCCUCUGUGCUGCUUUGGCUAAUAAGGAAGUAUUAGCCUGAGCAGCAAUGGGCAGCUGUGAUUGGCUGAGAGUGUCAGCUGACUGCUUUUAGCCUGUCAGAGUUCCAACUGAUGGUAUGAAUGGGUAUGACAACAAGGAAGUGUGCAACCUAUGCCUUAGCUACACAUACUGAAGGGGCCGGACUGUGGGUGGCCAGGGACUCUUAUUUUGUGGCAUACUGCACGAACAUUGUUCAACACUGAAUGGAGGGACAACGCCAGGGCACUCCAGGCACUAUAACCAAUUCAAAGAGAUGAAAUGCUUAUAGUGACUACAGUGUCCCUUUAAAUAUAUCUCAGAAAGUUAAGGGAUAGUAAAAUGUACUGUAAUAUGUAUUAAAACACAUGAUAAAUUAUAUUAUUAAAAAAUGUUGUGCAGAUAGUUGCAUAUCAACAUCAAACGCCACAACAGCGUACACUGGUAUAUUCAGGUAGGACAGUAGCAUGAAUAAUUGCACAUUUUUUGUACUUUAUAUAUGAACAAGCUUAGACGUAUAGCAGUAGUUUAACGCAGAUGGGAUCAUGUCUAGAGAGGUACUGUCCUAUUUUCAAAUUAAUAAAACAUGCUUAUGCAGGAUAUGCCAGUGAAUGAGUAAAUACUCAUUACUUUAAAACAGGGUACGUAUUCUAAUAUGUUGGUUUCAAGAGACAUAGCUUAGGUAAAAAAAGAAGCAAAUCAUGGUUAAGGCAAUGCUUUAAAGUCCAACCUAAAGACAGACUUUUUAAGGGAAAAACAGGGUAAUAAACACCACUGGAUUCACUUUGAGAAGGUCAUGCUGCCCCCUGUGCUUAGCUCCACUGAGCUGUUGGAGACAGCAUGCUGUCAGACUCGCUGGGUCCCCCCAAGCUUGCGGUUUUCCUGCCUCCGACCUGGUCUUAGCGUGAGCUGAGUCCUGAUGUGAGGAUGGGUCCGGUAGGUGCCACUCCGCCAACCCCGGGCUCUGCAUGAGCUGACCACUUGUGCCCUCGGUUCCGAUACUAUGUCUGGCCAGUAAUGGGAUUCCUGCCAAGUGUGUUCCAUCCAGCAUUGGGCUACGGUUUGAUGAACGUCCUCUAGGGCCUCAAGGCCCAGGAAGGUUGUCGUGGGUUCGAAGGCUAGGCAAUCCAGGAUUACUCCUCCGAGUUCCAUAGUGAGUCCCAUGAAUGGAGCUGAGGUGCCUCUGACAGCUUUGCUGCCUGCGAGUAGUGGGUGAAGUUGCGCUCCAUAUGGGCCCUGAAAUCGCCAUUUUGUUGGCAUGGUACAUGUGCCCAGGCUCCAUCCGCAUCCCGCGGGAGGUAUGUUGCUGAGCUUCGCCUCCCUCCAGUGGGGGCCAGGUUAACCAGUGGACCUUUAAAUUGUGGCUUCCUCCCUCCCAUACUGUACAGCAACGUUUGUAGGUUAAACUUCACGACUGCAUUCUUGCAGUUAGGUAUGGAUGACAAAGGAGGGCCUGAAGCAUACAUAAAGUCUUCUUUGCAGGCUUAUACCCCCCCCAGGACCAGGGCCUGCGAGGCGUGCCACAGGGCUGUAGUAUGCCAGCCAGGCUUGCAAGCAGAGCAGCGGCCGCCUGCCCCACGUCUCCGAAGUUUCGUACCGCAGAGGCCCCAACACUCUCAAUCUCUAAGUCCACGGUUGCGCCAACAGUCUCCUGUGCACUUUAGCUGACUUUUCCUCUCAGUUGUCAGCAGUAAGUCCAUGAUUUCUGCCGAUUUUAGUGAGAUUCAGCCUCCCCUCUUACCCCAAAUUAUAUUAUUCUAAUGGUUCAAAGAAUGAAGAAGAAGAAAACUUGCAAAAUUCUUUAUUUCCAAAUCAGGAUUAUUUUACUCCUGAGAUUAGUUAUAAACGCAUAAUAAUGAGGCUCUAUCAAUAGUGGAAUUAGGGACAGGACACAGAUUGGCAAGAGUAUGGUGUCACUUUACAGACAAUGUCAUCUUUAGAUUGUGCUAGCAUAGAUGGAAGCAUUAUCACUAUUGGUACAUUAUUUUUAAACUUUAAAGAGGAAAUGCCACUUCCCAGGAUGUUUUGCAACAAUCUCCUCUAUCGUAGCCCCCUGUCAGUCAUUGUUAUAAACUCUGUACUACUAACCUGGCAGUCAGUGUAGAGAAAGCAUACAGAAAAGAGGAAAAUGAGACAAUCUUUGUUUCUCCUCAUUUGCAAUGUCUGCCCUGUCUGAACAGGAUUAUGAUGUUGAGAUGUAAUUUGCGAACGGAACAUCUCAUGAUUAUUGAUUUUAAACAUUUUAUUCAGUGGUAUAAAUUCCAAAGAAGUAAAAGUUAUUUACUAGCAUAGCAGUAAAGAAAACAAACAUGGAGGCCAGAAACAUGUUUAUACCCAAUCCAACAAACAUCCAGGAUACCCCAUGUGCAGUAACAAGGCCCAUUCUUUCACUUGCUGUAAGUGUGUACAAAUGGAACCACACUGUGUAGAAAUUGUGAAGUGUUUUUUUUGUUUUGUUUUUUUCUUCCCACUUUAAUUAAUCUAAGUUUACUUGUUAUCCUAGUGACAAAUAUAUUUUUUUAGGUACAGAAGCAGUGUUUUUUCCUGUCUGCUUGGCAGUAUAAUACAUAUUUAUCACAUAUAUGAUGCUCUGUAUUACACUACUAUCAUAGAGCCAGAAAGUGUGUGUGUGUGUGUGUAGUUUGAGUGUAUGGCUAAUAAUGUGUGUGAGACGGUUGUAUGAAUCAUUCAGCAAUUUAGAUUAAUGCUUCAAAACACAAUGUGAAAUAUAUUAUUGCCCCUAAAUAACCCUUAAUAAUGAGUAGUUUGAUCAAUGUGGACAUACCUUGUGGGGGUAAAAAAACACCUUUUUGAUCUGGCGCGUAGCUGUGAGCCCUGCCUUAUAAUUUAACCUUGGUGGGCACUGCAGCACACUCUGCAGAUUUACCUUUUUUGGCAAUGGGCUCUAUUUCCGAAGGUGAGGGAACUAGACUUGUUUUAGCAACUAGAAGAGCCAGGCCUAUUUCAGUAGUUAAUACAGAUUAUUGAACGGCAUACACAUAAAAACACAUUUCUAAAUUCUAUACGGCUACUUAAAAACUCCUAUCUCCGCAAAGAAAUAUUCCACAUUGGAAUUAGUACAGGACGCACCAAUAUUGGGGUACUGUGAAGUAGUCAUGGGCUUAAAAUGUUUUAUGUAUAAAUUUUGGUCACUACGGCAGCACCAUUCCUGCAAAUUACAUGUUCCGUACCCCCAAUUCCCUUUUGUCUUUACUAUUUCAGUACUUAGGGAGCCCAAGUAUAGAAUAUUUUUAAGAAUUCAAUGGGCCCUCGCUCAUAAAGUCUUCCCUAAUAACUUACACAUAAACACUUCUAGGUAACUACACUACAGACAGACAUACAAUUUCUCACACUUAUUACAAGACAUGUGCACUCACAUUUAGACUCGCAGAUGAAACCACACGGAUAUAUUUACCUUUCCACUUACAUACCUGUGCACACACACGUCACAUUAUCGAAGCAUAAAGCUAUAUACGGCAUUAAGGGGUUUGCAUCUUAUUUUCAUAACUGAGGUGGGGGAUUCUCACUGUGAAUCUCUGCCUGAGAGCACUAAUCAGUGGGCAAGUCUGAUAGUGUUUGGUGGCUAUGUCUUUUUCAGUCACUGGUGUUUGCUUGCAUUUACUCACAGAUUUCUGAGUAAAUGCUCCUCCUUAGUUUGCUUAUUCUGUAUAUGGUCUUAGAUGGAUCCAUAAAAAAUACCUGUACCGGUAAAAAUUCCCAGAGAACCAUGCAUGACUAGGAGGCAAAGACUCUGCUCUUUGCACCGCCACUGACACCAAGAAAGGUCAGUACAUUGAUGAGUUCUUUGAGCACUCUCAAACUCAUGGCUACUUGAAUAUACUGUCAGAGGGUCCAUACAUAUGCAUCAUAGUCUUACAGCCUAGUCAGCCCCUGGUACUGAGGCUCCCUGAUUAUUGAAACUUCAGGCCACUAUUCUAAGAACAAAACAGAUUAACCCAUAGAGUGCAAGGUUUGAAACUGGUCCUGCUCAACUCCUCUCAAUCCCUUCGGUGUCCAUUACUUUGGUGAACGUCAGCCCCACUUACUUAUUUUGCAUUUAAUCAACAGUGCUAUGAGGCUGCAGUUUACAAAUCCCCUUUAUAUGAGUUAACCCAGGGGGAAGUUGCCCCUAAAGUAGCCUUCCACUGAACACCAUCACUGUGCUACCUCUGUGUUAUAAUUGCUAGAGUUGGAUGAUAUUGUGGGAGACUAUACAGAUGUAUGGAUUAUUGUUGUGGACAAAAAGUAAAUCCACAGCUGUUGUGCAAAACUUUUGGUCGUCCCGAAUUCAGAAUAUCCCAUGAAAGAAGUUUGCUCCUCUUUUAGUUGCCUUUGUUUGGACGUUGUUCAUAGAUCAUCGCUGCCAUCUGUGCUGUGUAUGUGGACCUAUGUCAUCAGUUAUGUCCCUUACUUUAUAGGAGUCUGAUGACUUUGUUUGGCAUUUUGAUUGUACCCAAUGGUGGCUGCCACAUUAAAACGCUCAUACUAACCUGUAGGUUUAAACUGGACAGGUAGGUGGGUGUAACCUACCAGCUAUUUUGAUAGACCUUUCUGCACUACGUAUACUGUCUCUGAUGGAAAGUGUGCUUGGACAAUCGCCUUACAAUCCAUAUGUACCUUACAUCUCCUAAGCCUUUAUGUCGUACUAUAAUAUUGGGUGCUCCGGGCAUGUGCAUUCUCUCUUAUCUUGGUAGGCGUUUUUUUUAAAUAUAAUUUGUGUUAAUAUUUCUCAGUGCUUAGAACUUGUUUUCCAUCAUACCAUUUCAAACUGGCCAUUCCAUUUAUUAUUAGUAUUAUGGGACUGCUACUAUUCACGUGCUUCAACAGUGGAGCCCUACUCACAUCAUCUUAUCAUUCUUCUAUCUUCUAAAGCCACUCUCCAAUCUACCAAGACCCUAAUGCCUUCUUUUAUCCAAGCAAGUACCUCUAAAGCAAACCUCCUGUUUAAAAAGCACCCCUCAUAUGUCCUUCUUUCUACGAAUAAUUCCUAAUGCAACCCUUCCGUCUGGUAGGUACACAUAAAAUCCUUCAAUUGAUAAAGUAACCCCUAUUCAGUUUGUCAUUCUAAUGUCACCUUCUUAUAUCCAUCAUGAAUGUGUAAUACCAGCCUUCAGUCACUUGCUGUACCCGUAAGAGCCACAGUUCUCUCACCGAAAACAACAACAACAAACUAAGCAGGUAAUGAAGGACCCCCUGGCCUUGGGAGUAGUACCCCAAAUCUGCUGUACAUUUCCUAAAUGUUAUGCUUUCCUUGCUUGGAUUAUUGAAUCUGCUGAUCAUUAUUCACGUUGUGUCUGGAGCCAUGUGUAUGUUCUGUUGAUUCGUGACAAUCCAGCCACUUCAAGAUUGCAAGCUAGUUUGAUCAGGACCUUCUUCACAUCUGGUGUCUGUCAACAUUGGUUUUGACCGUCAAUUACUUGUUAAAUAACUCCAUUGUAUAAUGAAUAGCUGGGUGAAAAAUGUUUGCACAAAAUAGAUGAGAAUUAAUUCUAUCUAACUCAAAUGAUGUCCACCGAUUUAAUGCUGUUGGGUGAGCUUUUCAAAUUGUCUAAUUUUAUUUUUUUAACAUUAUUUCAAAAAUUAUGUGUGUAUGAAUAUUUAAAAAAUCAAAAUAUUACAAGUUCAAAUAUUUUCAUAUUUAAGAAUUAGUAACUCUUCCAAAAAUCAUGUUUAUCCAACAAUAUUAAUUCAAGGCCUAUGUCGGAUGAAUCUUCUGGGCUUCAGAGAUUGUAAUACAGUUAACUACUAAAGGCAAUUUGCAUACACAGGCAAAGCAUUCAAAGAUCAAUUACAAAGGUCUAAACCUUUCUGAUUAAGAACUAUUUUGUGUACGCUUUGAGUACAAUGGCAAUGUAGUGGGAGCUGAGCUUGUAGUGGAGAGCUGAUAUUCCACAGGUUAUCUCCACUCAAGAUCCCAGUGAGGCUCAAGAACAAGUAUUAAAAAUCCAUAAGGCAAAAAUUACAGCAGGCAAGGCAAUCCAAUAAUAUCCCAAUAUCAAUCCCAAUGACUGGACGACACACAGCAUCAUGAGCAGAACUGAACUUAGAAUCACUCAACCUUCUUUUAAAGCUUUCUCCCAUGCAAGGGAGGGAUUUACAGUAAUUAUACAAUACACCAAUCAUACAUGAGUUUCCACCCACACAUCCCCUCCCCUUAGUAUGACUCAUAAUCCCAUUAUGCAGGACACAGUUCCCCUGGUUUUCUGGAUGUACCCCUAAACAUAGGGGUAUCCCUUUAAAUAUUACAUCCCCUGGUAGCCCUGAUCUGGGUGAGAAACAUAUUCAAAAAUCACCCAGAACGGACCAGGGGUUCGGGAAAUUCCUGGAGGUAGUAAAAAGACCGACCGCGCUGGGGUUAACAGCCGAAAUGGGUUCCAUACAUUUUGGCCCUGCGGUCGGUCACAGAAAAAGGGAACAAAAUGCCCGAACGGCUUGGGUUAUGGAGACUGGGGAGGAUUCGGAUAAACCCCCUUGUUCAUGGGGUUCUUUCUACACAAAGUGACGGCAGUGUGGAGGUCUCAGCGGUGUUUGCCUAACCGAGUGUCCGAUUUGGGCUCCAGACACUCAACGGCAAAACACCGCUGUUCGGGAGUUUAAGAUGGCCGCCGCCACGUGUUCGUCUCCCAAAUUGCGGCCACCCAGAAGACAAAGCACACACUGCACUGAUUGCCAAUUACCCGCUUGCAACAUUGUUGCGAACGGUAAUUGGAGGCACACUUAUUCCUGGGGUGGUCUGAUUGUUCGGUAGUUUCACUCGCAUAGUAACUGGAGUAAUUUAACCGAACAAUCAGACGAAUGCUGCAUACACUUUACAUACAUAGGGCAAAAAUUAACCAAAACAUACGAAUACACAUGAUUCUGAGGACAGCCCAAUGCCAUCCGCUACAGAGCUCUGCUGAAAAGGGGGGAUGCCAGCCUGACAUGCAAGGCAGCCAUGUUGGCCUGGGAGUUGUCUGUGCGUGAAGUGCCUCUGAAGUACUAUAACAUGGGUAGAAUUUUGUUGCUUCAUUUUGUCUAAUGAUCUCUAAGGGAAUGGCAGGUUCAGUCUCUGCACGAGAAGAUGGCUGGUUUUAUCCCUGCUUGAAGAUAUGGAUGGCUAGAUCUCUGCAUGACACAAUGGCUGGUUAGAUUUCUGCAUAAAGAUAUGGAUGGUUAAAACCCUGUAUGAAGAUAUGGAUGGUUAAAACUCCGUAUGAAGAUAUGGAUGAUUAAAACUCUGAAUGAAGAUAUGGAUGGUUAGAUUUCCCUAGGCAAAGAUGACUACUUCAAACAAAGUAUAAAGAAAUAACAGUUAUGUGUUCGUACUUGAUUAUUCAAGGAGCUUGAAAGUCUUCAUGUCUAGAUUAAUCACCACUGGAAGCAAUGCAGAAUUGCAAGGCAGUCCAAAUAUAUAGAUAUGUAACACCUAUAAAUUGGAUAAAGUUUAGGUGGGAUCUUCAAAAACUAGGAAACUUGGAAGGAGUAUUUUAUGCCCAUAAUAUACAUACAUGUGUGGCCACCUGCUUAAAAAACAGUUCAUUCCAAAAUCUAAGGCAUUGAAUUGGAGCUGGUUUUCCAUUAGAUGUUGGAACAUUGAAGUAGGGGUCUGCAUCCCUUCAUCGUAGGUUGUGGAAUGAUGGUAAGUUUUGGGGCCUAUCCUGUAAUGUCUUUUAUUUUAAAGGACAUAUGUGCAAGCCAGUCAGGUUCUCCACUUUUAUUUCUACUGUGCAUUUUAGUUCACAAUCCGGGCACACAUAAUUAACUGGGGUAGCUCAGAAAUUUGAUGAACUGAUGUGUUGGAAAGGGAGCAUCCAAUGGUGGUAAGUCAUUGAUCUCUACAAUAUUGACCAUUUGUCAACCAGUCAACCAUUACUUGUCUAUGGAGACUACAUGGUGGACUCAGCUGUGAGUUUGACUGAGAUAUGAAUGAAUGAAGAAAGGAUGUCCAGAUAUUUUUGACCAUAUACUCCAUACAACUAAAACAUUUUUUAUCUUAAAAAAAAUAUAUUUAUCUUUACGUAGCUAUGACCGACCCAUUUAUACAUUCUGAAAACUUGCUGAUCCCCCUAUUGUAUUGUGUACUAAAUUGUAGAGAAGAGAUCUCUAACUUUGUGCUUGUUAGGUUUAAUUUGUGGCUUUUUAGCCCAAAGAAUAAGUGUCUGGUAAUCAAUGGUGUGAUGUAUUUAUGGUGUAAGGGAUGUAGCUGUUCGUUAACCUAAUCUUAUCGUUAGAAUUAAGUCAGACAAAUGACACCCAGAGGAGCCAUAGAUUUCUCAAAUGCCAGUUCUCCUAACAGCACCAGCCAUCAUUACCAGGAAAUGUGACAGAUGACAUGAGGGUAAAGAGAGCUUUGCGAUGAUGUCAUCUCGGAAUCAGAAGAACACAGGGAGAGGCAUUAGAUAUAGAGCUAAGGGCUAUUUCGGAAGCUGGAAAUGUGAAGGUUCAUCAGGGAGAUCUUGUCUGGGAAUUUUCUAGCCUCUUGAAUCACUUUAAACUCGAGAUUGUCUUAGACUGUCAGGGCGGUUCAGUUCAGCCGUGCAGAAGAACGAACAGGAGGCUGUGUAUAAUUUAUAGACUCUACGUAUCUUGUGCAUUAUCUGCCUGUAUGAUAGCCCUCCCACUCACACCAGCAGUAGCAUGUUACUGUGUGACGUGACAUAUGUCUCACUGUCCUAUGGAACAGUCAGGUGUAGAGCAUGUCACAGGCUCAAGCUUAUUUCUGUUGUGUUUAUAAAGCAAAGGUUGAAAAAAAAAUGAGAACCCUUCUACGCUAUUCCUAUGGAAACCUUGAAUUUUGUAUUGUGGAUAAAACCCAAACAGUCUAUUUCCAUAAUUUUUUGCAGUUUAAGAUUUAGUGCUGCCUUACAUGCAGUAAACGUACAGUAAUUUUAAAUGUUAUUGAAGAUGUAAAAAACAAUGGCUCACUCUAUUCACAGUUUAACACAGAUUGAUGAGCAAGUGUUUGUGCAUAAUGUGUGUGUAUUACACUCCUCUUCCAUAUUUAAAGAGAUUGUCGUGAAUAACUACAGAAUUCCAUUUCACUCUACCAGUAAUUUCACUUAUACAGUGUUCUCUGCAAGAAGGCUAGCAAAUGUAUAGGUAAUAAAAUAAAUUAAAUACUCAUCCUGCCUAGAAUGUAGUUCAGUAUAUGUUUGCCACUCACCUAGAAUCCUCUUUAAACUACUGCAAAAGCAUCCCCUUGAGCCUCUAUGUGGGGUUACCAAAUAUAUAAACAAGCUUUUUAUGUUUAUUAUUACUUUAAAAUGAUGCUAUAUUCUGGUCAUAAAGUCUGCUUAAAUUAUAGAUUAAUUUAUUCAUUCAACAUAGUCACUUUAAAGAGUCAGCAUGAUUGUAUCACAGAGGUUCAACAAAGAGGAAACCUGUAUUUCACAUAUGUAUUCAAGAUUUAAAGGGACACAACAGGUAUAAAUUAUAUGCUUAAAGUAGUCUGCGAUUGUUUGUGUGUAUCUGUGAUUAUGUUCGUGAUUGAUUCUGUGUGCAUGUUUGGGUCUGUGAUUGUGUUUUUGUAUGUCUAUGAUUAUGUGCUUGUCUGUGUGUAUAAGUCUGUGAUUAUAUGUGUGUGUGUAUGUAUAGUAAACAUGUGUAUGUGUUAAAUAGAUGGCUCCCUAAUUUGGUAUCCUUAAAUAGGGCAAUCCCGCAUUAGGAUAAAAAAGGGAGUUAUCUACUAAACAAAUAAAAUAUCAAAAUUAAGAAAAGGGCUUUUGAAAUUUUAUUAUAUAAAUUAAUAAAACUAUAUAUUUUAUGUGCACCCAAGACUAUCCCUCUUUGCUCAAUGUGGCCCAGGGAAGCCAAAAGAUUGGCUACCCAUAGCUUAAAGGGAUGCCUGGGAACAGACAGAGAUCUGAGAGGCUGUGAGGCCUAGGUUUUAUGUGUUACGAAGGUCCAUGUAUCUGACCCACUGACUACGUUGUAUCGUAAUCCAUUGUAAUUCCUUUAAACUCUAUCCAGCCUCUGACUUUAUAUUUUGUACAGCCGCAGACCCCAAUACAGUAGUUAACAUUCUCCUCUUCCGUGUAAUCUAUAUUGAAAGCCUAUUUUGAAAUGAAAUUGAUAGGUGCUAAUUUUGCACACUGUGCUGCCCGCCCAAAUCUUCACAUCUUUGCCAGUCCACAAAUGACAAAUUAGUUAAUCCUAUGAUAAAAUGGCUUUAACCUGAAAUGUUAAGUGUAAUAGGAAGAAAUCAGGUGUGAUAAGGAUAAGUGUAUCUAUACUAUUGCAGGAGUGGGGACUUCACACUUCAUUUUACUCUAGUGUACAUUCCUUCAUGUUAAAACAUUUACUGUAAUUCGGUAUUGUGCUUGGCCACAGCUGUGUUGUGAUAUACCUCCUGCAUUAGAGUCACCCAAGGCUGCUCCCUGUCAUGUGGAGGAGGUGAUAGCAUUUCCUGGUAAUCUCUAGAAGCCUGACACCAAUAUAGGUCUUAUGAAUACCUUGGAAACUGUGAAAUGCUCCAGGAGUGUUUAUUCAUAGAAUGCGAUUACCAUGAACAAGACAGACCCAGUAUAAGAAGCCAAUAUAUACACUGACAGGGGCACUUCUCCUCCUGCGUUUGUCCUUGACCUAUCAAUGUUGCAGUGAUCAUUGCUUUACAAGGGGAUUAAUACUGGGCUAUACAAACCCACUCUUGCAGUCACAGAGAGUGACCGCACCAUUAGCUGAAGGACUGCAUCACACACUUGGGUUUUAAAAAUACAUGUUUGCUCUUGUCUCAUUGAGACACAAUGUAAAAUUAUAAAUCUCGCAAUGUUUGUAAUAUUAUAGGUGUGGGCAGUAUGUUAUUAUAUAGCGCCAACAAAUUCAGCGUGCUUUACAGUGGGUGGACGAUCAAACGUAGUUGUAACCAGACAAGUUGGACACACAGGAACAGAGGGGUUGAGGGCCCUGCUCAAUGAGCUUACAUGCUAGAAGGAGUGGGGUAUUACUGGUUCUCUGAUGUGAUGGCUGAACGGUGAUGGAUAUGUCUUUUUUUUUCAGCCUGUAACUAGGAUGGUGUGGUUAAAUCCUGCAGUGUGCAUAGGAACCUCAUUCUCUCCUCCUUUGUCCCAGACUGCCAGAAUGCUACCCUUUAUUGUAUCCGCUAGAAUGCUACUCUUGAUUUUGUCAGCUAGAAUGCUACCCUUUAUUCGUUCUGCCAGAAUGUUACCCUUGAUUCUGUCUGCUAGAGUGCUACCAUUUAUUGUAUCCACUAGAAUGCUACCCUUUAUUCGUUCUGCCAGAAUGUUACCCUUGAUUCUGUCUGCUAGAGUGCUACCAUUUAUUGUACCCGCUAGAAUGCUACCCUUUAUUCGUUCUGCCAGAAUGUUACCCUUGAUUCUGUCUGCUAGAGUGCUACCAUUUAUUGUAUCCGCUAGAAUGCUACUUUAUUCUACCUCCUAAAAUGCCACACUUUAGUCUGGUAAAACACUUCCCUGUACAUUUGAGCUCCUGUAAGGAAGAAGAAGCAUUUCUAGCUCUUGUGCAAAUUUCUCUGCUCAGUGAAGUAUGCUAGAGCAGAGUGAAAGAUAAAUAGAUAUUUUUAAUCAAUCAAUGUAAUUUUGCAGAGUCUGGUCCAUGAAUUCGAGAGUUGGGACACGAGGGCUAAUUAGGAGAAAUACAUACAAAGUUAUUCAUCAAACUAUGAAACUGCCAAGGCAGAUUUGUAAAAAAAAAAAAAAAAAAAAACAACAAGUUUGUACUGGGCAAUUUGGAGGAUUUGCAACCCCUCACAUUUAUCAAGUGUCCUUAAUUCACAUGUGUUAUAUAUCAGAAUCCAUUUAAAUCAGGACUAUUGGCUAGACCAAAAAUUAAUUCCUAAAUAAUUUUUAAACUGUUAUCUCAAAUUAUGUUUUUGUAGCCACCAGACAAAUAGUUAAGGAAAGAUAAACUAAUGCCUCGUUUCCACUGAGCGGAUUGGUUCGGUUCAGUACAGUUCGCUAUUUUGAGUGUUUCCAUUAUGAAAGUGGCCCAUACAACCGAACCAUACCGCACCAUUCAGGGUCCUGCUUCAGAUGUAGGGCAAUAGGAAAUAGUACCGUUCGAUAGGGCGGAGCUACUACACAAUCCAAUGUUUGGUGGACAGGAAGAGCAUUUUUUCUAAACCCCACAUGGCCCCUGAAGGUCUGACUUGCAGUGGAAACGCUCACCAGAAUGGGCUGGACCAUUCUAAACCUUACAAACUGUACCGACCCGAACCGAUCCGCUCAGUGGAAACAAGGCAUAAGAGUACCAGGUGGAACCAUGCAACACGGUAACUUGUAUUCCACCAACAUAGUUGGUAGUAUGAGGAUAUAUAGUAAGUGGGCAGUCCCCCCCCCCUUUCCCGCCACUCCCAAUCGCUUGGACUGUUAAGUAAAAAUGUUUGUAUGGGUACAGAGGACCCUGUGCACCUAAAGGGAGGAUCUCUGCUGUGGUUAAUCCCUUAUAUCUCCUGCUAUAUUGCUAACAGGGCCAUAUUUGUUAGUAGGCUGCUGCCUGUCAAUCAGUGGUGGCUACUCAGACAACUUGUGCAUUCUUUUUACCUUUUUAGAAAUAUUUUGAUAUCAUUUUUCACUUUGCUUAGUGGUAAUUGUAUUUAUUAAUUUAUGGAGGGUGGCAUAUUGGAUGAAGAGAAGGAAGUAGAGGAUCAUUGAGCAAGUCUUGCCCUCAGGAACAGGGGGUCCUAAAUUCCUAUUUAGUUUCUUAGCCCCUUGUGCACAGUGGGCAUAAAGUAUCGCCAGAGAGUUUUUGUCCUUUUUAGAGUGGAAAGCUCCAAGUACCUUGCAAAUCACAGAUCCUGAUUGGAUAAGGACCACGCAUGCUGUCUGCAGCCUUGUUCAAACAUUUUCAACAUGUUCGAAAUUUGUGAUGCAAUUCCAAGAUGGCCUCACCCAUCACUGACAGAUCAUAAUAUCUACUAGUUAAACAUAUAGUCUAGUUAGAAAAAAUAGAAUCUCCUUGGAACAUUAACUGACUUAUGAAAAAAAAUGAAUGUGGGUGAUUGUGCUACUUUAAGGCAGUUUCUUCAGUUAAUCUGAGGUCAUUGAAAGACUUGAAUUUGGGCUUCUCUGAAUUUUUCUCUCUACAUUUUUUUUGUCCUUGUGUCAAUAGCACAGACAUGCAAGCAGAGUCCUUGAGUUCCAGAUCUUCCAAACUUAGACCCUACUAAUGAAAAUGUCAAGACUCAUCUGACAGGGCUUGUGGGGGUGGGGUAUUUAUCUGUUACCUCUGAUUUUGUUCAGUUUGCGUGAUUUUUUUUUUUUUUUUUUUUCCUUUCUUUAUUUUUCGUUUGUUAGGUAUAGUGUGGAUACUUCAACAGUUUUGGCUUGCGCAGAAGCCAGUAUGUAUAACAUACUUGAUAACAUAGAGCUAAUAUGGCAAACAAUACACUCUAGUCAAAGGCUUGCUUUCCGUAGACGGCUUUAGUUGCGUUUCCAUUCCCCCUUUUCUCUGCUGCAUUGACUUUGCGGCCUUAGCUUGUGGGAGAUGUAGAGGCCCCCAUUGAUGAGGUAAUUGUCAUUUUUGGUUUGCACGAACAUGUAUAACUUAUAUAUAUACAUAAAGAAACAAAAAUAACAUAACUUGUUAGCAUGGUUACAAGUGAGAUUCGUCCCUAUAUAUGUGUGUGAUUUGGCGGGUUGCAAUCGGGGUCUCCGUGUCUUUUGUCGGCAUGUUUUCAUGAGUCCCCUAUGCGUCAAACUGCUCCCAUAGCUCCCAGACUUUAUAAUAAGUGGUGGUGGUGUCUCGGACCUGAGCUGUCAACAUGUCCAUAAGACAAUUAUCUCAAAUUUUUUCCCGCACUAGCGUGAUGGGUGGGGGGUCGGAUCUUAUCCAUUGUUGUGCUAGGGCCCUUCUUGCGGCAAGAUUGAGCCUGUUUAAGAGGCUCUGUUCAUAUUUGUCUAAGCCGUCUGUCGGUUUGGAGAGGAGGCACGACCAGGGUGCUACAGUUAGCUUUUUUUUUUUUUUUUUGCAGUAUCCGGGAGUUCAUGUCCGUCACUUCCGUCCAGUAUGCCUGUACCUUAGGACACUGCCACCACAUAUGGAUAUAUGAGCCUUUUUCCCCACAUAGCCGCCAGCAAGUAUCCGUGGUGCUUAGUCCCAUGUGGUAUUGUUUCACCGGGGUGGUGUACCACCGGAAGAGAGUCUUGUAUGUUUGUUCUUGUAGUGUAGUGCAUAUGGAUACCUUGGAGCAUGCUUCCCAAAUGUCCCGCCAGUCCUCCCCGUCCAGCACCCCCCCCCCCAGGUCAGCUUCACAUCUGUCUGUGUAUGUUAACAUGCCCCAUUCCCCGGACUCUACUCCAAUGUGUCUGUACAGGGUAGUAAUCAGUUUCGUGGGCAUGUGUUCGUUAAGGCAUAUGCGUUCGAAAAAGGUCAUUUGUUUUGAGAGUGCUGUCUUAACCUCUGUGGUUUGGGCGUUGUAGAUAAUGAAAGACGUCUCGGGUCGUGAGGGGUGCUAGGGUCUUUAGGUAGUCGUAUGUUAUUACCUGCUUAUCUUGGUAUAGAUGGACAUAUCUCCGCGUCCCUGUGGCUGUGUUACUUAAUCCCGGUGGGAACGCCCUGUUGCGGCAAAUCGGUGCCAUGGGAGAGGGAUUAUUCAUAAGGUGGUACUUGCCGUUUUGUCCCAUAUGUCUAGGGAAUUUAGAAUUGCUGGGCAAGUGUUUCUGGGAAGUAUCCUUUGCUCUUUAGGGGUCCAUAUCAGGAGUUGCGGUGAGUCAUCGCCCAUCAAUAGUGUUUCUAUGUCCACCCAUUGGUGUUGGUCCGUGGGGCUAUGCCAGUACGCUAUUUGUGCUAUCUGUUCUGCUACAUAAUAGUGGUGGAGGGGAGGUAAUCCCAGUCCCCGCCUCCACUUGGGGUUGUAUAGGACAGCCCGGGCUAUCCGGGUCUUUUUCUUUGCCAGAUAAAUGCGUCAAGUGCCCUCUGGAUGUCGGCUAGCUCACUUCUAGUGACCCUGAUAGGUAGUGCUUGGAAUAAAAACAGAAGUCUGGGCAUGAUGUUCAUUUUUAUCGAGUAUAUUCUGCCCAUCCAGGUGAUGGGUUUAUCGUCCCUGGUCUGCAAGUAUCACUUAAGCGUGUUGCUUAAGCUUGUGUAGUUCUGUUUAUAUAAUGUGUUAGGGUUAGCCGAGAGUUGUAUCCCUAGGUACGUGAGUGACUCUGUGUUCAUCUUAAUCUUAUAUGUGGUGGUAAUGUGUGUUGUAUCCCCCACUGUCAUAUGGACUGGUAUCACCGUUGGUUUGGUAAAAUUGACUCUGUACCCCGAGACUUUUCAAUAUGCCUGCAGUAGCGUGUUGAGGUGCUCAAUAGAGUGCCUUGGGUUCGUGAGCUUAAGCAGUACGUCAUCUGCGUAUGCCGUGACUUUGAAUUGCCUAUUGCCUAGUGGGAUUCCCUGUAUGUUGGGGUCCGUUCUAAUGGCUUGCAGUAGCAGUUCCAAUACUAUAGCAAAGAGGAGCGGGGAGAGGGGGCAACCCUGUCUCGUUCCAUUACUUACUCGGAAUGGUGUUCUUUGGGCUCCAGUGAUUAUAGUUUGUGCCUGUAGGUCCGUGUAGAGUGCUUUGAUCGCUGUGGUGUAUGGUUCGGGGAAACCCUGUGCGGUCAUAAGUCAAAACAGGAAUGGCCAUUGCACCCGAUCAAAGGCCUUCUCCGCGUCCAGCGAUAGCGCCAGUGAUGGGGUGUUCGUUUGGGUCAUGUGCCACAGCAGAUCUGCUCCUCUGCGUGUGUUUUCAUAUAGUUGUCGGCCAGGGAUAAAUCCCACUUGGUCUGAGUGUAUUAGUCUGGGUAGCAGUGGGGCCGGCCUUGUUGCCAGGAUUUUUGCGAAAAUUUUUAAGUCACAGUUGAUGAGGGAUAUAGGCCGAUAAUUAGCGGCUUGGGUAGUGUCUUUGUUUGGUUUUGGUACCAAGAUGAUGUUGGCAGUAGCCAUAUCUCGGUCAGGGGCCCCUCCUUGUAGGAAAUGGUUGUAUAGUGUUGUCAGCUGUGAUAGAAUGUAUGUCCGUCUGUCUUAAUUUGGUCAUCCCUGCUCCGUUUAGGAGUAUGUUAUCUAUUCUUGAGUACGUAUUAUGUGGUGCCGAGUAGUAUGUAUAAUCUUUUGUGUCAGGGUGCUGAAUGCGCCGGGCGUCCAAGAGACCCGUGUGUGUGAGGAAUGUAUGUAAAAGCUUGUCGUGUCUCCUCCCUUCUGGUGAGCGGUCUGGACCCUGUUUGGUGCUCCUGUCUAUCGCCGGGCAAGGGACCGCGUUAAAGUCUCCCCCCAGCACCAGUACGCCCCCCUGAAGGUGUGCUACUAGCCUUUCUAGUGAUUCCCAAUAAUUGGAAUCAGGUACGUUAGGGGGGUAAAUGGUGACCAAGUGGACCCUUGUACAGUGUAUGGUACCAGUCAGGGCUAUAUAUCUGCCCUCUGAAUCGAUCUGCGAGUGCGUCAGUAUGAACGGGCAUCGUUUGUGUAUUAGUAUUGCAAUGACCGCUUUUUUCCUGAGUGCCUGAGCUUCAUAGGCCGUGCGGUAGAUAUGAUUGUUUAGUCGUAUUGGUGCUGCCCUAGGCAAGUGCGUCUCCUGUAUAAAAGCGAUGUCUGCUUGCUUGGAUUUGAUGUCUCGUCUAAGGAGUCUACGUUUGUUGGGGGUAUUUAGGCCCCUAGCAUUUAUAGUAAGGAUCGUCAGAGUCAUAAGGGUGUCAUGUGAACGCGCUGCAGGUGUAGGUAUGGGGAGCUAUUCUCAGUCAGGUCUGGCUGGUCAGCUGGUGCUGCCCUAUGGGGAAGAGUUCCCAGUCUGUGCUUACACAUUGCAUUCAUGGGAUUCAAUCUCACUUGUAAAUUACAGAAUAGCAUAGAACUAUACACUAUAGUCAUAAACAUAAACCUUAGAAACGAAACAACUAAUAAACAGAAAAAAUACAAUCUGGUCUUAUACUGUGCCAGAGUUUGUAGUGAGCAGGCAUCCAUCCCCCAGGUCGGCAUAAUUCUACCCGCACGGAUGGCAAUGCCCCCCCAAUCCACUGUGCCUAUGUAUGUGAGCGUGCUAAGUAGCGAUGUAGCUGCAGCUGGCCACGGCCCCUCCGCAGCCGCCCCUAUGUCCACUCCACCGGGAGUCAGCGCCUCCUUCCUGGUUAGGACUUCAGCCCUGCUUACUGGUUCCAUUUUCUAUUUACCCUCGUGUGCGUGUCAGUGUCCUGCUCCGUGCCCCAUCUGUUAGCCUGCGGUCCCCCCCCCCCGCCCUGCGGUCCGGUGUCGGACCCUUCUGCGUGUGUCUGAGUGCGUGCGGUGUAGAUACGUGGCCCAUAUGCGCUGUACCUGCAUGUGGAAGGUUCAGACCCUCUGUAUUGCCUGCAUGGAUUGGUCGCCCAGUAGGGCACCAGGUGAAGGUCGGGCGCCUCAAGGCCCACAUCUCCCAUGGGAUGUGAAGUGUGCGUGUAUCUGUUUGGGGAUCAUACCUCGCCUCCGUGCCCUUUAGUGGGGUGUGUUUUUUGUUUUGUUUUUUUUGUUCCCCUUCUGCGUGUGUGGUGCCCCAGAUGGUAUGCGUAGAGCAGGUCCCAUGUACAAUCAGGCCCUCGCAUAACGUACAUUGCUUUGUGCAGUCCCUUAUAACAUAUGCAGUGCACUGGGCAAUCCAGCUCCGGCUGUAUGCCCUUGCUAGCCCUUGUGAACAUUUAGGGAUAAGUUUGUGUGGCCCAGUCAGUGCAAUAGGUGCUGACUCAGUCCUCUAGGUGUGUGGGGGGCCAGAGCUCCUAGUUCGUCCUCACAGUCCCAUUGCAGGGUAUCCGUUGACCCAGUCUGCCCUAGACCUUUAGAGUGGUUACUUGUUAUGGGGCCCCCACCGGAGACCAGUAUGUGGCCCAGCACCCGGCCAGCUCCCCCACCCGAGAGAGGGAAGGGGGGGGGACUACCAUCCUCAGUAUUCGACCCCCCAGUCCCCUCCCGGGCUGAUGUGUGUGCAUUACUUAUCUCACUGCAGUUUGCGUGAUUUUGGGGAUGCCAUUCACAUCCUAAGCGUUGUGUAUUGAUUUGGUCGAUUUGAUCUGAUUUUGUGUAUGUCUUUCUGGUGUGCAUCUGUAGAUAUGUGUGUCUGUAUCUGCAAAUAUGUGUAGUGUGUAUACACAAUUACAGAGUAGCCACCACUUGUUGACAGGCAGCAGCCUACUAACAAAUAUGGCCCUGUUAGCAAUAUGGCUGGAGAUAUAAGGGACAUAGGCGUGCGCACGGGGUGUGCCGGGUGUGCCUAGGCACACCCUAAUCCCUGCGGCACGCGCUAUGUGCCUCCCUCCCCGUGGACCGGUGAGGGAGAUCAAAGAUCUCCCUCACCUAACCACAGGCAUGGGGGGAGGCAGGAGAGGACCCGGGGAGCUCUCGCCAGCAGCUCCGCCGGGUUCCUCUUGCACGGUCGGAGCGUUGCCGCGGUUACCGCGGCAACGCUCAGAUCUGACGAGAGUGAACUCUAGCCCCACAGGGGGUUAGAGUUCACUCUCCACUGGACCACAAGGGAUGGCAGGAGCAUGGUCUCCCCUCCCUACAUAAGGUAAGAAGGGAGGGAGGAUAUUAACUAAACAGACCCCACACAUUACACACAAACAGCACACACACACACAUACAUCACCCUUACACACAGAGCACACACACACUAACAGCACCCUCACACUAACAACACCCUUACACACACAGCACCCUCACACCAACAACACCCUUACACACACACACUAACAGCACCCUCACACUAACAGCACCCUUACACACACAGCACCCUUACACAUACACACACUAACAGCACCCUUACACACAGCACCCUCACACUAACAGCACCCUUACACACAAAGCACACACUAACAGCACCCUUACACACACAGCACCCUCAAACACACACACUAACAGCACCCUUACACAUACACAUACACAGCACACACUAACAGUGCCUUCACACACACACAGCGCCUUCACACACACACAGCGCCCGCACACACACACUGCGCCCGCACACACACACUGCGCCUUCACACACACAACACCUACACACACAGCACCUACACACACACAGCACCCUCACACACAACAGUGUAUGUGUGUGUGUAUGUAUGUGUAUGUAUAUGUAUAUAUAUAUAUGUAUAUAUAUAUAUUUAUAUAUAUAUAUAUAUAUAUAUAUAUAUAUAUAUAUAUACACGGCGUGUGUGUUUCUGCUUUAGGGUGCACACCCUUAUACAAUAGGCCUCGCACACCUAUGAUAAGGGAACUGUCUGCUCACUACCCUUGACACCAAACAAAGGCAAAACACACAAACACAAUCAGGAAAUGGAAAUCAAGGGUAGUGAGCAGACAGUUAAUGCUCUGUGUUAUUAACACGAUUUGUGAGGAUUGCUGGUGCUACAGGCUGCAAUGAAUUUUAUAUUCAAACAGUAUUCAGUAAUGACAUUUUCACAGUCAGUAAAAAAGUAAAGUCUUUGCAUUUGUGUUGAGGGCAGACUUGUUUCUAGGCUUUCAUAUGGCAUAUGGGGGCUACCUGUGUUACUCUUUAGCAGAAUUACUAAUCCUGCGGGCCCUUCGGCUAUUGUGGGCUGGCAUACUGUGGCUGGCUGUGCAUGGUGGGAUAUUCCAUUCACCCUGAUUUAUUUGUAAUGUUAGCAGCAGUUCCCACAACACUUUUAGCGUUAAACGUUUAAUUGCAAUCUACUCCCACUUGUUUUCUGAAACAGCCACAAGCUGGGAGAUAGUGUUUUUGUCUUUUUCUGUUUUUAUUUCUAUUUCCAGAACGGGAGGACAGUUUGAAGGUAGGGAAUGAUUGAAUAAAGUCAUGUAAACCCAGUAUUGCUGAAGACUCAUAUUAGAUCGUUAACCCCAGUCUGAUUAGUCAUCCUCUUAUCCUUUACAGGAAGUGUGGCUACCGACACAGAGGAGAGGCUCGUUGAAUUUCUUCUAGAUCCUUCUCGUUACAACAAGCUGAUCCGUCCUGCCACUAACGGCUCAGAGCAGGUCACUGUCCAACUAAUGGUCUCUCUGGCACAGCUCAUCAGUGUGGUAAGUACAAUGCAACAUGUAAAUCUUUAUUCCCUGACUUGACUCACCUGUGCUCAAGUAGACAUAUCAACACGCCCAGACGUAUUAAGUUAUGUAGGUAUAAACACCGUUGUGGCCUAUAUAUUACCAAAAAUUUCUUAUAUAUUCAGAAUGAUCCCGUUAAAAGUCCCAAUACCAUGGUUAAACUUGAUUCAGGCAUCUUUUUCUGGAUUUAAAUGGGCAGGAAAAAAAACAAGAAUAAAACUACACGUUUUACCUAAAAAUAAAUAUAUGAGAUAAUUGGGGAUUCAAAUUGUCCAAGACUAUGCAGAUGCAGCUUUGCUGGCACAGGCCGUUACCUCACAAACUAAUAAAGCGAUCGCUAAAACUUGGUAUAAAAUGGAAACAAAAGAUAUUAAAGGGACACUGUAGGCACCCAGAACACUUCAGCUCAUUGAAGUGGUCUGGGUGCAAUGUCCCAUCACCUUUAACCCUGAGCAUGUAAUUAUUGAAGUUUUUCUAAACUGCAAUAAUUACCUACUGGGGUUAACUCCUCCUCUAGUGGUUGUCAAACAGACAGCCACUGGAGGGACUUCCAGACAACUGUUGGUUGCGUAAAUGACGCUGGACGUCCUCACACUAUGCAUGAGAACUUCCAGUGUCACCGGAAUCCCCACAGGAAAGCAUUGAAUAAUAAUCCUAUGGGGAAAUCCUAAUGCAAGCGUGGCCAUUGGCGCACAUGCACAUUAGGUCUCCCCUGCUAGCUGACAUUGGUGGAGGAGGAGCAUGGGUGGAGCUGAGCCAGCGCCGAGGGACCCAGGUAAGUGACAGAAGGGGUUAUUAACCCCUUCUGCACUACAGGGGGGUGGGAGGCCUACAGAGGGGGAAGCUAUAGUGCAACAAAAACAAGUUUGUUUUCCUGGCACUAUAGUUUCCCUUUAAGAAGCAAACUGUAUUGACUCAAUUCUGGAGAAUAAAGACUGCCUAAGAAACUAUUACCAAAUAUAAUGGUAAUUUAGCUCUAAAUCAUAUUAUGUCAAACUGGUUUAAAUUCAAAAAUACAAUUACAAAGGUAAAAUCCUGCCGUGUUUAUCAUUAAGGAUUUUAAAUGAAUUAAUGGAAAAUAUGGAUGUAACCCCAUGGAUAGAUAAAGGGAUUAAACAAAUACAAAAUAUAAUAGAGGGAACUACCAUUAAAUAAUUUAAUAGGAUACAAAUAGAAUUUAACCUCCCUGACCAGAAGAUAUUUAAAUAUCUCAGAAUCAAAGGGAUUUUAAAAUAUGAGUAAAAAUAUUUUCCAUACAGACUAUAAACUAUAAACAUCUUACAGCUAAAUGUUUAGAGAUAAGACUAAGGAAAAAAGAUAGUAUAUAGAAAGCUAUAUCUAGAUGGGAAAAAGACUUACAGUUACGGAUAAGACCCGAGGAAUGGAACGGAGUGUUAAAUGUCUGCUAUAAAUUGAAACACUGUUUGCCAACUUAAACUGAACUUCAUUUAAAGGGACACUAUAGUCACCUGAACAACUUCAGCCUAAUAAGUUGUUCAGGUGAGAACUAUAGCUCCCUGCAGCCUUUCUCAUGUAAACAGUGUAUUUUCUGAGUAAAUACAGUGUUUACAUUCAAAGCUAGGGACACCUCCAGUUGCAGUCACCAGAGGGACUUCCAAGUUGAUUGAGGCAUAAAACGCCUCAAUCCGCUCAGGGCAGCUCUGGCAGCACUGCGCACGAGCAUCCUGUCUUUGUGGAAUUGGCUUGAGCGGAUAAGCUGAAGACCGGAAACCGAGGAGGAGGGGAGGAUUCAAACUGUAAGUAAACUUAUUUAGUGAGUGUGGGUGGGUGAGGGUGAGUGGGUGACUGGAUGGAUAUGGAUGAUGGGCAUGGAUGUGGAUGAUGGGGAUGGAUGGAUAUGGAUGAUGGGGAUGGAUAUGGAUGGAUAUGGGAAUGGAUAUGGAUGAUGGGGAUGGAUGGAUAUGGAUGGAGAAAGAGUGUGUGUGUAUAUGUCUUUCAUUUUUUUACUACUUGUGUGUUUGCAUAGAAACACUAUAUAUAGAGAGAUCCUCUAUAUAUAGUGUUUCUAUGCAAACAUGCAAACACACAGUUUGGCUGAGGAGGGGCGCGGGUAUCAAAAGAGAGCUGAGCUGUCUGUCAGUCAGCUCGCCAACGCGCAUUCCACGCAGAUGAGUUUCUUGAUGAGUUUUCUGAGUUUCUUCAUAGGGCGGCAUUCAAUGCUGCUCUAUGAAGAAUGCGAUUCGUGCAGCGCGAAACUGCGCAUACGCACCACAUCGCAAUGACUCUUUAUUAUUAUUAUUGCCAUUUAUAUAGCGCCAACAGAUUCCGUAGCGCUUGUCAAAGAGAAGCGUCCUGUUGGGCCCUGCAAUUUCGUGGCCUAGCGGGGAGCUCGGCGGUGGAACGGAGUUAAGUUUUAUUACUCGGAUUUAUUUUUUUAUGGCAAGUUCAUAUUAAAGCAAGAAAGAAGACUGGGGGACCUGUCUUUCUUACUUUUAUAUGUUGACUAUAGUGUCCCUUUAAAUUGAAAAUGUUGGUAUCGAGUGCCUUCUGUGAUCAACAAAAUUUACCCACAUAUUACUCAAAGAUGCUGGAGAUGUGGAUCCACACAGGCUGAUACCCUACACAUUUGGUGAGCUUUACAAAGAUACAGCCUGUGGACAGACCUAUUUAGAGAAUAAUUGGAAGAUUUGGAAUAGACCCAGAAAAGGCUCUCCUACAUCUAAAUCUUGCAAAUCAAAACAAUAAAGCUACAAUGAUAGUUCUCAUAUGCUAACUGCUAUCAAAUUAUUAAUUGCAAGAAACUGGAAAUCUCUUAAAGGAACACCAAACAACUUUAGCCUAAUGAUGUUUUAAAGUAUAGAUCAUGCCUCUGAGAUUCCACUGCUCAAUUCUCUCUGCAUUUAGGAGUUAAAUCAUCUUUGUUUCUGUCCUUGCAGACCUAGCCACACCUCCCCGGCUGUGACUUUGAUUUUCAACCAGAUAUAACUUACUUUAAAAGUUUUUAUCUCAUGCUUUGUAAAUUGAACUUUAAUAACAUAUUAAAGAUGUCUCCUGCAGGGUCAAGCAAGCUAUCAGUAGAAAAGGAGAAAAUAAAUUCUAAAUUAAACAGAAAUUGCAGUAAAGGAAGUGUAAACAUUAGAUGGCUCUUUACAGGAAGUGUUUAGGAAGGCUAUGUAAGUCACAUGCAGGAAGGUGUGACUAGGGCUGCAUAAACAAUGUGAUUUAACUGCUAAAUGGCAGAGAAUUAGACAGUGUAACUGCAGGGGCAUGAGUUAUACACCCAAACUGCUUUAUUGAGGUAAAGCUGUAUUUGUGACUAUAGUGUCCCUUUAAGGUACAAUCUUAGCCUGAAAUCAGAUAACACAAUAUGAAAUGGAAAAAUAUAUUAUUUUUUUUCCAAUUGGAAUUGGACAAAAAGCAGUAUGAUUUUAGGAAGAAAUGGCUAAAUAUUCUGCAAAGAAAUGAAUUCAAAGGGAUACAUAUCAAUUAAGACGAGGAGGUCUAUAAAUGAUAUCUUAACAGACAAUCAAAUGUUUAAUACAGGGGGGCGGGGCCGGGCCGACUGGCCGCCAUUUACAUGGGCUCCGCCAUUAAACCUCCAGAAAAAGCCCUUCACACAGCCCCAGACUGAUUAAAAUACAAAAUCCAUCUCGUCCCUGACGGAGGAGAGGCUCCGGUACACGCCUGCCACCCGCACGUACCUUACUGCCUGAGAGCCGGCGGAGAGAACCGAGCCUGGCCUACACGCGGCUCCUAAACAUCGGCGUCCGUUACCAGCAGCAUGGCACUGCGGAGAGGCGCAUCAUUGGGGUACCCCCCCCACAGGACAGGCACUUCAGGUGCGGGGGGCCCCCGGCCCGGCCCUGCCCCCCCCCUUGGCCGGCGGGGGUUAUCCCGGCCACAUGACGGCGACACGGGCCGCAGUGGGAGCCCCCGCACGGACUCUGUGCCGACCGCCUACACUGGCAAUGGCCGAGCACUGGCCAACCAGCCGGCCAGCCAGCUGAAAAGAGCACUGAAACUGGGGAGAGGAAACCUACAUAUGAGAGGGCACCCUAACAGGGACGGAGACGUUUUCAAGCAUGUCAGGGGAGACUCACCUUCAUGGAGCGGCUUCCCCGCAUCGCUUCGAUGGCCCCAACAGCUGCUGCCCUGCAGAGGGAUACCCUGGGCGGCCUGCCCCCUGGAGAAGUACCAGUCCCUGCCUUUGGGUUUCGGGGGUGGCCCAGGGGAGAUUGUCCCUGCCGCAGUGAGUCCUGUGGGACGGGAACGCACAGACCUUUCCGGUGUACCGGUGGCCGUGAGGAAGGUGCCCCAGUCCUAAGUGUGUGGCCGGCGCCAGGUGAGACAUGAGGGUCCAAGUGCUUCACAGAGGCUGAAGUGGUGCUGGGGAGGUGCAGGAGACAGUCAGAACCUGGACUCUAGGUGUGGGGGGUCUAGGGGACAGAUUUGGACUUUGAGUGCCCACGGCACCACAGUACGCUAAACCGGCGGGAUGGGUCAGCCCCAGGGAGGACUGAUGGAGGACAGGCAUGCUUGAAGGCCCAUGGAGGCAACCACGGAGGUAGCUCACUUAUGGUGCAAUUGACACUGCUCUCCUUAACCUAUUAUCUGCAACGACACAGCGCAGCAUGUUCCUACUCCCCAUGAAGUGACUCACUUUUUCCCAUCACUGUUGGCAGCAAAUGCACUAUGACACAUCUGCAACCUAUGUUUAGGUUAUAAAAAUCUUGUUUGCCUUUAAAUACCUGCAUGGCAUAACUAACCACCGUCUACAUCAGAUUGCACGUUAUGUGAUGGACAUCUCCAUUGAAAUUACAUUCGCCUGUUUAUACAGUGCUUCACUUACAUUGCAUAAUACUACUAGCCUCUGUUAUAGUUCUUACAGUUGAUUUCCAAUUUUUUUUUUUUUUUUUUAUUGCACUCAUUGUUGUUGCAGGCCUAUGCCAAAAUUCAUUAUACACAGUUAAGAGACAAACGGCUUCAGCGAACAUAGGCUGCAUGUUAGCCAUAGUAAUCAAAUUACUGGCAAACCAAAUACGAAUAUGGCAUGUGACACAACUUAUAUUGGAAUUGUCUAUAGGAUGACACAAGUGGCUUUAGCAAGCACAUACAACAUCGGUGCCCUAUGGUACCCAGAAGCUAUAUGGUACGAUGCUGUAGUUAGUUAUCCAUCCACUGACCCAUAUUAAACAUAUGAUUGAAAGGCAAAGUUUACUUAAUUGCAUAGGGUUACAUAUACUGAAAGCUUUACCACAGGCUUAGUUAGACACAAUUUGACCGCAUAGUGACAUAUCAGGCCCCAUCUUGAACUCAGCCGACGCAGAGGAAGGAGAAGGGGGAAAGAAAAGAAGAGAAGGGAAAGGAAAAGGGGGAAAAAAAAAAAAGAGAGAAAAAAAGAGAAAGGGAAAACAUAUUCAAAGUGUACCACAUUAUAGGGCUAUAACAUGCUAUGAUAAACUUGUACAACUUACAUUGGAAUUGUCUAUAGGAUGACACAAGUGGCUUUAGCAAGUACAUACGACAUCGGUGCCCUAUGGCACCCAGAAGCUAUAUGGUACGAUGCUGUAGUUAGUUAUCCAUCCACUGACCCAUACUAAACUUAUGAUUGAAAGGCAAAGUUUACUUAAUUACAUAGGGUUACAUAUACUGAAAGCUUUACCAUAGGCUUAGUUAGACACAAUCUGACCGCAUAGUGACAUAUCAGGCCCCAUCUUGAACUCAGCCGACGCAGAGAAAAAAAAGAAAAAAGAAAGGAAAACAUAUUUCAAGUGUACCACAUUAUAGGGCUAUAACAUGCUAUGAUAAACUUGUACACAUAACUACUCAUGUUUUUCCAUAACAAAUGCACGGUUUACGUUAUAUCCCCUGCGUGGGAAAACUGCUUCUUGUGUUGACCUCAAUAAAAACAGAUUUAAAACAAAUAUUUAAUACAUAUAUAUAUAUAUAUGUAUGUGUAUAUAUAUAGCGAGGGCUUGCACUCCUGGUGUAAUCCUGUGGUGCCCGGUGCUGGUCUGGCAAGGAUCAUGUAGACAUAGCAGAAAUGACCGCACUCCAAGGACCUUAUAGAGAUUUUCAAAUAAAAUUUAACUUUUAUUCAAUCCAUUUAAAAAGUCAAUGUUUCAAUAUAUAUGCAAUAAAACCCAGCACAGAAAAAAAGGAUUACAUGAGAAUGAAAUAAAGAAAAUACAAUAGAGAUAACAUACUAUAGAUAGCCUGACUCUCCACCUCAUUAUAAAUGCCAGUUGUUUGUAUGCCCUGAAGUUUAUAAUGGAUAUACUUAUAUCCUAUAAAUCUUAUCAUGGUUUAUGUUUUGUAUCUAUAUUACAUAUACAUAUGUAUUUUAUAAAUAUACUUGCAGAUGCUGAUAAAUAUUUGUACGAUAUUUAUAACGUUAAUAAUAAUAAAAGUUAUGUGGGUAUAAAUAUGUGAAUCAUUUGAUUAAAUGUUGUACAAAUAAAUAGUUGUCCUUAUAGCAUCUGUCAUUAAUAAUUCCCUAGACGCAAACCAUUAUUUGUGGUGUAAAUGAUGUAUGGGAAAUGGUCUCAAAGUAACGAUUGUAUCUAACACAAGUGUUUUAUUUGUAGCAUGAACGGGAGCAGAUAAUGACCACCAACGUAUGGCUGACUCAGGUAAAUAUUUUAUUCUGCUUUAACAACCUUCACAAAUAUUAUUACCAUCAUCAUUUAUUUAUGUACCACCAUGAAAUUCUGCAGCCUGCGUAUUUUCAGUAAAUUGAAUAAUACAACAUAUACAUAAUACACACUACAUAAACUAAAUUUAAAUAUUGUGGGUGUCAGUUUCAGUAGCAACUCAGAACUAGCUUAAAAUACGUGAGGAAAUGGCACAAGUAAAGGCAUUUGGUGUGAAUCUGAUUGACACCAUAGGUGCAAACAGGAGGUACAGUUGUCUAUAUUGGGCAUAUUAUUAGGCCAGCUGUGUUUGAGUUAACAGAGGGAUUUGGAUGCCUGCAAAAAUGAUGGGUUUAAAUAAAGCAUUUGAAGGGAUGGAGAGAGAUUGAGGAUUUUUUUUGCCUUACACACACAGCAUAUACGAAUUACAGCCAGUGUGUGAUUGUUAAUUGGAAAUAUUUAUGAAAGGGAUUUUUACCAUUUCUAUUACUGGUGUUUCACAGUGUAUUUGUCUUAUUAAACAUUAUUAUUGUAUAUGUUUAAUUUCAAAAAGCAAGUAAAAAUGUGAAUCGAAAUCAUUUUCCCUGAAAUGGGUAAUGCAGCUCUUGAGAAUUAUUACUAUGAAAAUAUUCUUAGUAAGGCUUAGCUAAAUAUAUAUGAGUAAGAAAUUUGAUAUUGAACAGUUUUAAAAAUUAGAUUGGGAUGUAUUAUAAGGUUAUCAUUAAGUGUUUCUCUCAGAUUUUUGUUCUUGUGUUUUGAAAUGUGUAACCAAAUAUUCUCUAAGCCCUGACGUAACUACCGAGUCAGACAAUGGCGUGCAUCUCAAGGUGAAGUCACCACCUGCUGAACAAAGAUUCCUUAUUUAUGUCCAAUUUAAUUUAAUGUGAUCUCAGCAGCAGGAUUCAGAGGCCCAUCUUAAAACCUAACAGAACCUGAGGUGGCAGGAAACCCACCACGAUGAACCUAGGUUAACAACCCAAGGUGACCAGUCACGAGUUUCUACCAAAAGGCAAUAUUUUUAAUAUAAAGAAAUUGCAAAAUCCUUCAUAUAAGUAUACUUAAUUGUUUUACAUUAUGAAAUAUCAUACUAAGAAAGAAAGGGGCACAAUGAGAUGCAAUAUCUAAGGCAGGGGUUCCCAAAAUGUAGAUCCCCAGAUAUUGUAAAACUACAACUCCCAGCAGCUUUGCAUACCUUUAGAGUGCUUUGCAUACCUUUAGAAUGUUUAGAAUGGUCCUACAACAUCUGGGGAUUUACCUUUUGGCCACCCGUAAUCAAAGGGAUUUCUCCAGUCCCAAAAUCAAAGUACAUGUAAUUAUGGACCACAGCACCAGUCAGUGACAUGCAGAGUUUAUUCUACCAAGACUUGACAAAGCCUUACUUUGCAGCUGAAACUUAGCCAGAUUCACAUCUUGAUAAAACAAACUGCUUAUUACUGACUGAUGAUGAAAGUCCCUUAUAGCAAGCUUUUAGAUUUUUAAAUCUGUAGAUGAGAUGUGCCAAAGAGUUGUUAUUGGCCGCACAAUCUUGUUUGCCAUCUUUGCUGCUAGCGUGGUCUUUAACUAAUUAAUCCUAUACUUACUGAUCAAAGACAGCAUCUUCAACAAAGCGGAGAUAAUGAGUCAUCUCCACUGUAAUCUCUUGUAGCUCUGAUGUAUAAAAUAAGCCAGACAAAAUGUAAAUUAUUCAGAGUAAUGAUAGUUCAGUGUGACGUGUUUACAAUUUCCUAUCUCACCUGCCCAUCUAAAUAUGGUAUAAAAAGGGUGAUUUUUAAAAUUAGUAGCAUGUAAAAGAGGAGGCAUAAUGACUCGGAAAGCAGUAUUUGUCUGUUUCAUGUUUUGAAAUCUAUUCUGCUUGUCCCAUAGGGAGAGCCUGCUCCCAGCUCUGUUAAUUACAUAAUCGCCCUUUCCUAUAGUCAAGGUGAUUGUGUCCUUCUUAGCCUGGCUCUCUGCUUGCGUUAGUUUCAAGGGAAUCUUCUGGUGAAGCUUUUGUGUUUAAACACCCUUCUUCAUCUUCACUGAGUGCUAAGGGAAUCAUGUUGUGUAUAUACACACACACAGAUUGCUCACUAGAAGUAAUGCACGUCACUUCAUUAACCAUUUACCUCCACAACCUAAAAUUAAACUGUAACUACACAAAUCCAUGUUCUUGAAUAGGUUGCACAGUUAUUUUAUUAGGAUAUGGUCUUUCAGUUUGUUGGCAUCUAACAGAUAGUGAUGUCGCGAACCGUUCACGAACUUGCCACAAACAGUUCGCCGUGGUUCGCCAAGAACCGUUCGAGGCGAACUCCGGUCAGCUGACACAUCCCUGCCAAUCUCCGGCAGACCGUCCCUCCCAGACCCUCCUACUUGCUGGACAGCAUCCAUGUUGAAGGCAGCUUCAACAUGGAUGCUGUGCAGGAGGUGGGAGGGUCUGGGAGGGAGGGUCUGUCGGAGAUUGGCAGGGAUGUGUCAGCUGACCGGAGUUCGCCGCGAACCGUUCGUGGCGAACCGUUCACGGAAGUUCGCGAACGGUUCGCAACAUCACUACUAACAGGUAGAGAUGUCCGCGAACUUCUCGCGAACGGUUCACCGCGGUUCGCCAAGAACCGUUCGCGGCGAACUCUGGUCAGCUGACACAUCCCGGCCAAUCUCCAGCAGACCCUCCCUCCCAGACCCUCCUACUUCCUGGACAGCAUCCAUGUUGAAGGCAGCUUCAACAUGGAUGCUGUCCAGGAGGUGGGAGUGUCUGGGAGGGAGGGUCUGCUGGAGAUUGGCUGGGAUGUGUCAGCUGACCGGAGUUCGCGGCGAACCGUUCGCGAGAAGUUCGCGACAUCUCUACUAACAGGCCGUGUACACUUACGCUGUUACUGGUAGUGUUAGAAAGUAGACCAUUAUUAACUAACACAAAACAAUUUUAGAUUUCUUACACGUUUAAUUUUUAAGUACAUUUAUCAACAGCUCCACAGUGAGUAUACGAGUACUAUAUUGAAGAGAGAACCUUUUCCUUUUUGAUAUAUUUUUGCUUUAUCAACUAAACUGCCAGAACAUUAUACUUUUACAUACAUCAUAUUGGUAGUCCAGGAGUAUUCACACCUUACUUGGUAGUACCAGUACGACCAGAGAACUUACGAGAGCACCAGUGCACCUUUCUCAUGAUGCCAGGAUCACUCUCACCUUACUUGUUCCCUUCAAUGGUAAUCAAAUAGUAUUUGUACCAUCUUUAGACCCUUAAAUAAACACCCAGAAAACUCCUUAUACAGAUGCACCCACAAAAGUACAAGCUGUACAGUCAGAGCAGUAUCACCUCAAUUAAACCAUUAUCGUUAUCCCCAGAUAACUCACACCUUCAUAAAACCCUUAUUGUUAGUAAGGGUGCUCUACAAAUAACCCCUCUCUGGUACACUGCAAUUAGCUAUACAUCUAAAGCACUUACAUCUUUAUUACUUGUACAUCAAAUGCACUCACAUGCUCCUUAUUAAUACAUCUCCAGUACGCGCACCCUCCUUACUAGUACAUCUAGAGUACCUUCACCCUUAUUACUAGUACACUUGGAGCAGUCACACCGUCAAUGCUAAUACACCAAGAGCAGUCACACCCUCCAUACAGGGAGUGCAGAAUUAUUAGGCAAAUGAGUAUUUUGACCACAUCAUCCUCUUUAUGCAUGUUGUCUUACUCCAAGCUGUAUAGGCUCGAAAGCCUACUACCAAUUAAGCAUAUUAGGUGAUGUGCAUCUCUGUAAUGAGAAGGGGUGUGGUCUAAUGACAUCAACACCCUAUAUCAGGUGUGUAUAAUUAUUAGGCAACUUCCUUUCCUUUGGCAAAAUGGGUCAAAAGAAGGACUUGACAGGCUCAGAAAAGUAAAAAAUAGUGAGAUAUCUUGCAGAGGGAUGCAGCACUCUUAAAAUUGCAAAGCUUCUGAAGCGUGAUCAUCGAACAAUCAAGCGAGAUUUACAAGGAGGGAAAACAGUACACCUCUCUGAACAGUGUCUGGGAGGCUGUGGUUGCUGCUGCACGCAAUGUUGAUGGUGAACAGAUCAAAACACUGACCGAAUCCAUGGAUGGCAGGCUUUUGAGUGUCCUUGCAAAGAAAGGUGGCUAUAUUGGUCACUGAUUUGUUUUUGUUUUGUUUUGAAUGUCAGAAAUGUAUAUUUGUGAAUGUUGAGAUGUUAUAUUGGUUUCACUGGUAAUAAUAAAUAAUUGAAAUGGGUAUAUAUUUGUUUUUUGUUAAGUUGCCUAAUAAUUAUGCACAGUAAUAGUCACCUGCACACACAGAUAUCCCCCUAACAUAGCUAUAACUAAAAACAAACUAAAAACUACUUCCAAAAAUAUUCAGCUUUGAUAUUAAUGAGUUUUUUGGGUUCAUUGAGAACAUGGUUGUUGUUCAAUAAUAAAAUUAAUCCUCAAAAAUACAACUUGCCUAAUAAUUCUGCACUCCCUGUAGUAGCACACCCUCCUUACUAGUACACUUAGAGCACUCACACUCUCAAAACACAGAAAUCCAUAAGUACCAACACAGCUAGUGUAUAGUAGGUUAAACAUCUUUCUAUAUAAAGUGUGUAUUCUGAUAAUGGUUACGCAGUCUUUCUGUUUUAACCUUGGCGUCAUUGUUCUUGCAGGAAUGGGAGGAUUACAGGCUAACCUGGGACCCAGCAGAAUUUGAUCAUAUGAAAAAAGUCAGGCUUCCCUCCAAGCACAUCUGGCUUCCAGAUGUCGUACUCUACAACAAGUGAGUAUGGACUCCCCUCACUCUUGGAGAAAUUCUCCAGGAGACUGGAGAUUAGUCUUUCUACUCCUUAUGAAAUUAGAAUGCUGUCUCUAAAAAGGCAAGUUUUAAAUAUUAUGUAUCAGAUUGCAACAAAAACCGAGAAUAUAAGAAUUCUUAGAACAGUCAAAAAGCUCAGAGAAGCCUCAAUCUCCUGAGAGAUUUUGCUCAUGUGUUCCAUUACAGAGUUAAUCUACACCAUUUGCAUAUCAGACUGAUCUCCGCUAUAAUGGCAGUCCAGAUCCAAAAUGCUGGCAAGUUCCCUAAGCAUGAGAGAUACAGGUACCACAGACAAGCUUUUUGGCCUUUUUUGGGUCUCAUCAAUAAAGUUUAGCUGAUACCCCUUUAGGCACAGUGAGCACAGGUUCCACGUCUGGAUUACCCUUUUAACUUAAGGAGAACCUAAGUAAACAAACUGCAACAAAUACAAAUAAUUUUUUUUUUAAAAAGGACACAGAAUUGAAAAAGUAUAACAUUAAACAAGUCUGUGUUGGAGUGGUUUAGAUUGUAGUAGCUUUUUGAGCUAUGGGGUGAUUUAGGGUAAUAUACCAGAAGGGUUUUGUGUUGGGAGGGCUUAGGCUUAAGGGGGAGUUAUUGGGUACCUGUCUUUAAAGUGCUGUGGACUGUAAAUACCAAUAAUCCCAUGAUGACUAAUCCUGAUAAAGGGGGAGAGGAGUUACAGACCACAGGACAUCCUAAACAUGCAAACAUUGGUACAAUUUUCUACCUUGUUCUUCAUUUUAAUACUGUCAUUUUUUUUAUUUUUUUUAUUGGCAAUAUCUUUCAACCAAGCAUAUAGAGAUCUCUCCAGAUGUUAGAUACAAUUUUAUGGCUAGAUGGAAUUUUAGAUUGGUGCCAAUAGGCUUCUAGAGAGUUUGUGGAAACCAGUUGAGCAAUUAUUACUAUCCACCCAUCUAACACUGAGAAAGUUUCUUCUAAAAUUAUUGUUAAAAUUAUAGACAUGAGGCAAAUUGACAUUAAAAGAUUAUUAGUGAGAAAUUAAAGGAUCCUUACUGAUUUUAUUUUGUCUUUUUCUAGUGCUGAUGGGAUGUAUGAGGUGUCUUUCUACUCCAAUGCUGUGGUUUCCUAUGAUGGAAGCAUUUUUUGGUUACCCCCUGCUAUAUAUAAAAGCGCCUGCAAAAUCGAGGUCAAGCACUUCCCUUUUGACCAGCAGAACUGUACUAUGAAAUUCCGUUCUUGGACAUAUGACCGCACAGAGAUUGAUCUUGUGCUGAAGAGUGACGUGGCUAGUCUUGAUGACUUCACACCUAGUGGGGAAUGGGACAUCAUGGCUUUACCAGGGAGACGAAAUGAGAACCCAGAGGACACUACCUAUGUGGACAUUACCUAUGAUUUCAUAAUUCGACGCAAGCCCCUCUUCUACACCAUCAAUCUCAUUAUACCUUGCAUUCUUAUUACGUCAUUGGCCAUCCUUGUCUUCUACUUGCCUUCCGACUGUGGCGAGAAGAUGACAUUGUGCAUUUCGGUGUUGCUUGCAUUAACUGUCUUCCUACUUCUGAUUUCCAAGAUCGUACCUCCAACCUCUCUGGAUGUGCCACUGGUGGGCAAAUAUCUGAUGUUCACUAUGGUUCUAGUGACUUUUUCCAUUGUAACCAGUGUUUGUGUGUUAAAUGUGCACCACCGUUCCCCUACAACACACACCAUGCCCCCUUGGGUCAAAGUGGUAUUCUUAGACAAGCUUCCAACUUUACUCUUUAUGAAACAGCCAAGGCAGAACUGUGCCCGUCAGCGACUUCGACAGCAGAGGCAAAGCCAGGAAAGAGCAACUGGAAGCUUUUUCUUAAGGGAUAGCGCCAAAUCCUGCACCUGCUAUGUUAAUCAAGCCACGGUGAAAAAGUAUGGGGGGCAGCUUCCCGAGCUACCAGAGGGGGUUAAUGGGUUCCGAGACAGACAAGGAAAAGUACGACAAUGUCUUUGUGGCUUAGAGGAGGCUGUGGACGGGGUGCGCUUCAUAGCUGAUCACAUGAAGAGUGAAGAUGAUGACCAGAGUGUAAGUAUCUCUAACUCUAAUUUAAGCAAUUUCAUAUUUAAUACUUUUGUUUUAAUUUUGAGAUCUGUACAUAUACGAAUUUAUUCACUUAUUUAUCAUGUAUUUAAACAAAGACUGAGUAGGUUUAAAAUAAGGAAGUUAACAUCAACAAAUGUAAGGUUGUGCAUCAAGUGAUUUGUGAAGCCCCUGCAGUAGUUGUUUGGCCUUAAGCAACGAUGCAAAGUCUGCACAUGCUCCAUGUGAUUUUCCCACCAAUGGUAAGACAUCUAUGUGAAGUUUUUUUGUUCAGUGUACAUUUGAUAAUUAAGCAGAUUAAUGAAUUACCAAGCAAAGUAACCAAAAUAUUGUAUUCAAUAGCUAAAUGUAUGUAGUAAAAAAGUAUAUGGGCUAAUGAAGCUUUUAUUCCACAAGCAAAUGUAAAAGGGAAAACCACUUAAUACAGUAUUCCAAGGUUUAUUUCAACAAUGUAGAAGCAAUUUCUAAGCACACACAAUGCUGAUGUAAAUUAACAGGAAAAACAACCAAGGACUACAACUCCUUACAGAUUUAAUACCUCUGGACAUUUGUAUGGGCAUCUAUUUUACGGGGUCAGGGAACAUUUUAAUGGAGCACUAGCGCUAACCGAGAGAUGAGAUCCCGAGUGUAUUGGAAAAUAUAUAUUUAAUAAAACAAACAAACAAAAAAACAGCAUCCAGGGACAAAAUGAUUCAGAAAACAAAGGUAGGAAUGAACAACACAUCUUGAGUAUUAGCAAAACAUCUCCUUAUUGAGUAAUUAUAGUAUAGAUAUCGUACCCAAUAGAUCCACAGUCACUGUGACACACAAUCUACAUAAAUCUCAUUUUGGCACUUUGACCGUUCUAUAUAAUUAUGUUCCUGAAACUCACAUGCACACUUUAAACUGUGGGACGCCUGCUAUGAUUAUUUGUUUAAAAGGGGAUCACUAAUGGCUCUGCUCAUAUUUUUUUUAAAUAUAUAUAUAUAUUUUAAUUACAUUUAUUUAUUUUUGCAUAUUGGAGUUUGGGGUGAUUGCAUUUGCUCAGUAGCUGAUCUGACAUAUAUGGACGUAAUGCAGCUAAUGUCAGCCCCUUCUGUCGGUUGAUCUGUUCUGUACAGAAAGAACCUGUCACUGCUCCUGUCUAGCCUCUCACAGAUUUUUUUUCAUUACUUUUCCUUCUGUGUUAGUUCAGUUAUCAGGAUUGUUUUGACGCCAUCUAGUGACAGUUUUUUAGUAUAACAUCUCAUUUGGCCUUCAUUUAUUUUAUUCAAUGUGAUUCAGCACAUAGGUACAAUAUAGAAAUAUAUACGAACCACCAAUCUUGGAAAUUGGCAGCAAACUAUAUCAAAGUAAAAGGCAAUGUUUAGCUAUUAAAGUUAAAAAAAAAUCAUUGAUUUUCUUGUCCCUCUGCUGGCAUAAGUUACGUAGUUACAUUGCUAAAAAGAGACUUGCGUCCAUCAAGUUCAGCCUUCCUCACAUAUGUUUUUGCUGUUGAUCCAAAAGAAGGCAAAAAACCCAGUCUGAAGCGCUUCCAAUUUUGCAACAAACUAAAUCCUUCUUGACCCCCAAACAGCAGUCAGAUGCCUCCUUGGAUCAAGCAGCUAUUACCCCACUAAUUAAAAAUGAUAUCCCUGUAUGUUAUGUUUUUGCAAGUAUUUAUCCAAUUGCUGUUUAAAUAUAUGUAUGGACUCUGAUAAAACCACCUCUUCAGGCAGAUAAUUCCAUAUCCUUAUUGCUCUUACUGUAAAAAAAAAAAAAAAAACCUUUUCUUUGCCUUAGAUUAAAUCUCCUUUCUUCCGGCCUAAAUGUGUGACUUCAUGUCCUAUGUAUAGCCCUGUUUAUGAAUAGAUUUCCAGAUAAUGGUUUGUACUUGCCUGAAUAUAUUUGUAUAAUGUUAUAAUAUCCCCUCUGAGGCACCAUUUUUUUCCAAACUAAAGAGAUUUUACAUUUUUUAACCUUUCUUUGUAACUAAAAUGCUUAAUUCCUUUUAUUAAUUUUGUAGCUCUUCUCUGCACUUUUUCGAGUGCCAUGAUAUCCUUCUUUAGAACAGGCGCCCAAAAUUGCACAGCAUAUUCAAGGUGUGGUCUCACCAGCGAUUUAUAAAGAGGCAAAAUUAUAUUUUCAUCCUGAGAAUUUAUGCCCCUAUUUAUACAUGACAAAACCUUACUGGCCUUAGCAACUGCAGAUUAACAUUGCAUAUUGCUGCCUAAUUUGUUGUCUAUAACAAUUCCCAAAUCCUUCUCGUAUGUGGUUAUCCUUAAUUCACUACCAUUAGGGUAUAAGUUGCUUGAGCAUUCUUGACACCAAAGUGCAUUUCUCUACAUUAAAUUUCAUCUGCCAUUCUAGUGCCCAGUUCCCCAAUCUAUCCAAAUCCCUCUGCAGCAAAGCAAUUGCCUACUCACAUUUUAUUACUUUACAAAGUUUUGUGUCAUCUGCAAACACUGAAACAUGGCUAACAAUGCCUAUUUCAAUAUCCUUUAUAAAUAUGUUAAAUAGAAGCAAUCCCAAAACAGACCCUUGAGGGACUUCACUUACCACUUCUGUCCAUCUUGAAAAUGUACCAUUAAUGACAACUCUCUGUACUCCAUCCUUAAGCCAAUGUUCUACCCAAGAAUAUUCAUCUAGACCAAUUUAUCUUUUGAAGACUAAAGUUUUAGUUUGAAGACUAACCUAUCACAUCCACUGCAACACCCUGAUCUAUACUUCUGCUUACUUAAGUUGCAAUACAUAUACCAAAAAAACAAGUAAAAAAAAAGGCGCUAUCCAAAUAGCUACAAUAAAUCUUUUAAAUAUGUGUGUUAAAAAAAAAAAACAUCACUUACUAUGUGAUUAAAAGCUGGACCCUUUAAAAGUGCAAAUAGCUCUCAAAAACACUUAAAAUAUUAACAAAAGCUAAAAUGGUGCGCUGUGUCUAUAAGGCAAUAAAUACUUUUUAAUAAGGUGAAAUUAAGGUGCAAUACAGAAUUGUACUGUGCAAUAUAACAUCCAUGAAAAAUAGUGAUUUCUCAAAUGAGGUGUAAAACCAUUUGUGCUCACCAUAGAAUAAAAGAGCACCUACAUGAGACAGAAGUUAGGCAUUAUCACAGCUUUAACCACAAACCUUGUUGAACUUAUAAUUAAGAGUUAAUGAACAUUGCUAAUAAAACCUUUUUGACAUCUUCCUUAUUUUUUAUUUUUUUUCAAUUCUUUAUUUUUAUUGUGCAUAUAUGAACAGCAUGCAUGCAGAGCCACAACAGCAACUGGCUCUUUUUGAACAGCACUUUUUUAUAUAACAUGGAGAACAUAAGAAAGCAAUAUUUUAUAGUAAACAUGCUAGACUCGAUAUUAUGCAUAUGUUAAGUUAUGCUUAAAGUUAUGGUAAGGUGUGUAGCAUAGCAUUUGAGAAGGAGAUUUUUAUGUUUGAGUCAAUGAUAGCUCGGUGUUAAAUGUAAAUUUAAACCAACAGUAUUUCAGCAAUUUUUUACAUGCUUGGGCUGCCCCAUUAGUUGUCCUAGCUGAUAACACAAUGCAUGAGCUGUUAAAAUAAACUCAGGUAAGAAGUAAGCACAAAAACUCUGCGCAAAAUAAAAGAAUAAUAGGUUAAGGACUAUUACUGUGCUGUGCGUUAAGCUAGUGUGCAGAGAACAGUUCUUGUAUUAGGGGGCAUGGUGAGGAAGUCCAGCUGUGGUGAAAUAUGCCUGGCACACUCCGGUUCUGUGCCUCUGUUAACCCGAUCCCCUCUGGUUGCCAGCUACAGUCCCCCAGAACCCAUGUCAGGGUGAGGCUGGAUGUUAGGCGUGGGGCAGACUUUUCGUUUCUGCCUGUGCCGCCGGUCACGACUUCUGCGCCUCUUUAAGGAACCGCCAGCGGUUGUCAUUCUGCUUCCGCCCUGAAGGCAUGAAAUUGCCGGGGGUGUAGGUGCAGUAAUAGCCUGAUUGACUGAAACUGGAACCGUGUUCAGGUUCCUCGACGAUAUAUCUUGGCCCAGAAGGCAGCGAAAAUCUUGUUGAGCUUUGUAAGUGAGUUAGUCACUGGGUCCCCACAGGCCCCCAUGCCUGCCGGCUGGCGCGUGGCAUCUGCCAUUUUGGGAUUGGUGAUUCUUGGCUCGAGCAGGCCUUGGGACGUGGGUCUCUGCCUUAACUGUACCGUUGGUGCCGGGAUAACACUCACGAGGGGAAGGGAGGCUGGUGGAUGGUCUUCUGUCGCUUCGAGAUCUGCUUCUAGGGGGCUCCAGGCUGGGUGAUCGGCCGCCUCUUCACAGGCCACAAAUCGGGUCGGUUAGCACUGCAGUAGGCCCCAGUGAUGUGACCCGCGUUUCCCGUGUCUCAGCCGUUCUUAAAACGUCUCGUUAUGAUCUCCUUUGCUUCUCUGACAUGGGUGAUGCAAUUACAGGGGAUUAAAUAGCUUGGAAGUCAGGUUAAUUUCAUGUAAAGUGAGUAUUCAGACGGGAGCUCAUGCUGCAAGCGUCUGUUCAGCUCCCCAGCCCGGCCCCGCCCCCCGACAUCUUCCUUAUUAAAAAUAUUUCUUGUUGUAAGGUCUUUGUAUCCUCUCCAUCCUGAUUCCUAACUGGUGACCAUCAGAGCCUGGCUCUCUCACAAGUAGAUUUUUCAUAGUGACUGUAUACUGAAGGUCUUUUUUGCUUCUUAGGUUCUUCAGUUUAUGUAAGACAUCCUGGUUAAGGGUCUAAGUCUAUUCCUUUAAAGUGUCAAGCGCUUGCAAUGCUACUUCAGCAAUGUUUUGGCUCUAGCUCCAGUUCAACAGUUCUUACGUGUAGUUCUUAAAAUUACACCUUGUAUUAUGGAAGCAGAUAGUUCUUAACAUUUACCAGUGAUUAUUUCACUCCUGCCCAGUAGUUUGUUUAGAGAUUUUUUGUGUCCUCUACUCUAUCCCUACUUUUUUCUAACUUAUAAUAAAUACGUUUUUUAAAAUAUAUAAAAAAUGUCCUGCCUCAAAAGGUAACAGAUUUUGUUUUCUCCAUGGAGUAAAUAAAAAGAUUCAUAGUAGUUAGGUUUUCAUCUAUCUAUGAGUUCACGCUUUUCUUGUUUUGUUUAUAAAUUGCUUCCACCUUGUGGAAAUUAACUUUAGAAUACAAUAUUUAAUAUUAUGUCUAUAAUUUUGCCAGCCCCUUCCCCUCCUUAUAGAGAAACCUGUUUCAUUGUGUUUGCUUAUAAAUUUAUAUUGUAAAACUUUCGUGAAGACAGCAGCUCAUAUUUCAUAAGUUAGGGGCUAAAUUUGGGACUUGACUAACAAACUAUUUGUAAGCCAAUCAUCCUUAUUUUGGUGACGUUUUGGAGUAAUUCAGAAUUAAUUCUGAUCAAUUCAGAGGUGAGUUUAGAAUUUCAGGAAUGAUACAUCACUUGUACAUAGUAUGUCCAUAUGUUGACUCUAAAGUUUAGCAAAUAUUUCUAACAUAGUGCAUCACUUUGGUUGGUAUAAGUCACCACCUUCCCAUGCUGCCCAAACUUUGCUGAGAUAUCUUUGCCUUAGAUGCCGGGAUGUAUUAGAACAUUCAUUGAAAAUUGGGAGGGAAAUAUUACACGGAAAUUGAAGGUAAAAAUAGCUUUUAAUACAUUAAUAUUUCCCCUUCUUUGUGUGUUUUAGGUGAGUGAAGAUUGGAAAUAUGUUGCCAUGGUGAUCGAUCGCUUGUUCCUGUGGAUUUUUGUGUUUGUAUGUGUCUUUGGGACAAUUGGCAUGUUUUUGCAGCCACUUUUCCAGAAUUACACAACAAACACCCUGUUACAACUAAACCACGCAGCUCCCAACUAACUCUACAGGGAUACACAGAUCGACUGUACGUGGCACUAAUUUUUGUUCCGGUAGGAGAUGCAAAUUCCCUAACUCCAGCCAAAAACUGAAAUCCACCUGAAGUGUUUUGGGAACAGUGGCCCACUUCGAAAAAGAGUUAGUAUCAUGCCAACGUAUCCAAAAUGGAAUUCUUCUGCAUUUGUUUCCUACUUACACUCUCAGUGAUGUUUAAAUUCACUGAGGAAAACUUCCUGUGCACUUUUUUUUGCGAAUCCGCCCUACAAACAUCAUCUUAUCUCAAGCAAUAAAGCUACAGAUGACAGCUGGAUCCAAAGCUAUUUAAUCCUUAUCCUUGCGCUAGGGCUGUCCCUUAUUCACAAAAGAAUUUCACUUUUAGAUUUUAGAAGGCCCACUGAUUAGACUUCAUUUUCCCAAUGAAGGAAUUUGACCGCCCUCCCCUCUUUGUCAUUUUAUUUAAAAUACUCACUUCUAUUUAAAUGCAAGGCUGCAUUUUGAAAUGAGUCAUGUACAAAAAAAAAGUAUGUUAUGCAGACCCUUUUGUGUUUUGAGUGUUCUUGUUUUUUUUUAGUUUACAGGUUUGAGAUAAGGUGAAUGGGCAAGCUGGUUUGCAGAGACCUGGCAUCUGCUUUUGCAUGUUUGAGAAGUUGUUUGAUGAAGGUAUGUGUUGCAAGCACCUUCACUGGUUCUCUUACUUAAACUAAUAUGUG